GGGCGCGCACAGCAUGCUGGGAGUAGAAUGUCCCUGGGCGCGCAGAGCAUGCCGGGAGUAGAAUGUCUCUGGCCGCGCAGAGCAUGCCGGGAGUAGAAUGUCUCUGGGUGCGAAGAGCAUGCUGGGAGUAGAAUGUCUCUGGCCGCGCAGAGCAUGCUGGGAGUAGAAUGUCUCUGGGUGCGAAGAGCAUGCCGGGAGUAGAAUGUCCCUGGGUGCGCAGAGCAUGCCGGGAGUAGAAUGUCUCUGGGUGCGAAGAGCAUGCCGGGAGUAGAAUGCCCCUGGCCGCGCAGAGCAUGCCGGGAGUAGAAUGUCCCUGGGUGCGCAGAGCAUGCCGGGAGUAGAAUGUCCCUGGGUGCGCAGAGCAUGCCGGGAGUAGAAUGUCUCUGGCCGCGCAGAGCAUGCCGGGAGUAGAAUGUCUCUGGCCGCGAAGAGCAUGCCGGGAGUAGAAUGCCCCUGGCCGCGCAGAGCAUGCCGGGAGUAGAAUGUCCCUGGGUGCGCAGAGCAUGCCGGGAGUAGAAUGUCCCUGGGUGCGCAGAGCAUGCCGGGAGUAGAAUGUCUCUGGCCGCGCAGAGCAUGCCGGGAGUAGAAUGUCUCUGGCCGCGCAGAGCAUGCUGGGAGUAGAAUGUCUCUGGGUGCGCAGAGCAUGCCGGGAGUAGAAUGUCUCUGGCCGCGCAGAGCAUGCCGGGAGUAGAAUGUCUCUGGCCGCGCAGAGCAUGCUGGGAGUAGAAUGUCUCUGGGUGCGCAGAGCAUGCCGGGAGUAGAAUGUCUCUGGCCGCGCAGAGCAUGCCGGGAGUAGAAUGUCUCUGGGUGCAAAGAGCAUGCUGGGAGUAGAAUGUCUCUGGGUGCAAAGAGCAUGCUGGGAGUAGAAUGUCCCUGGCCGCGCAGAGCAUGCCGGGAGUAGAAUGUCUCUGGCCGCGCUGCAGUUCCCGCACGAUCCGCUGGGGGCGGCAGAGCUGCCGCUGAAUGUGACGCAGGACGUGUCGCGCCAUGUGAUUGGCUGUCCGCAUUCCGUUGGUGGAAUAAUGGCUGCCUUCAUUAAACACCGAAUACCGCUCGCCCUCCGCCCGGCCAGGCCCGGCUCUGUCCGCCCCCCGCCUCGGAGUCCCGGCUCAGCCCGCCCGGCCCGCUCUGCGCCCUCACAGCCCCGGCAGCCAAUCAGCGGCCGCCCUCCGCCUGUUGCUGGGCAGAUUAUGCUAAUGAGGGCAGAGCCGCCAUGUCUGCAGCUACCAUUCUGAGGUGAGAGCAGGCUGGAUUUUCCACAUUAGCGGGGGUUGUUGUCGUGAGGGGUUGGGAGCCGCGAGGAGCCGGGCUGUGAGGGGCCGCUCUCCCCGCCGUCCCCGGGCCGCGCUGUGCGGUGGGUCCGAGCGGGGGUUGUUGUCGUGUUAGUCCCACCCAAAAUGGCGCCGGCGCUUCCUAGCCCGAGUCCGGGGGGCGGCCGGCGGGUGAUGGGGGGCCGGGGGGAGCUCCAUCCCCGGGACACCGCGCUCCCCCCGCUGCGCGCAAUGUGAUGGUACCGUCCGAUCCGCUGGGCCGCCGCACCUGAACCCGGGCCCGGGGGGGGGGGGACACCGCGCUCCCCCCGCCGCUCGCAGUGUGAUGGUACAGUCCGCCCUCCUGGAUCCGCUGGGCCGCCGCACCUGAUCCCGGGCCCGGGGGGGGACACCGCGCUCCCCCCGCCGCACUCCGUGUGAUGGUACAGUCCGCUCCGCUGGGCCGCCGCACCUGAUCCCUGGCCGGGGGGGGACAGCGUCUGACAGGCCGGGAGAAGCGGGGCCGCCGGGACUGGGAGACGGUGUGACCGGGACAGGCCGACCGGCAGGAGGCUGUGUGUGCGGCCGGCCCCGCCAUGGAAACCCACGCACCUUCACCCACCGGCCCGCUGGACUCCCCCGUACCCGACAUGGGACUGCCCAGGAUCACACGGGAGGGAGAGCUUUCCCGCCUUUUACCUCCUGCCUGGCACGUGGGGGGAUAAUAAUAUACUGAGCCCUGACCUGUAAUAAUAAUAAUAUAUAUACUGAGCCCUGACCUGUAAUAAUAAUAUACUGAGCCCUGACCUGUAAUAAUAAUAUACUGAGCCCUGACCUGUAAUAAUAAUAAUAUAUAUACUGAGCCCUGACCUGUAAUAAUAAUAUACUGAGCCCUGACCAAUAAUAAUAAUAUACUGAGCCCUGACGUGUAAUAAUAAUAAUAAUAUAUAUACUGAGCCCUGACCUGUAAUAAUAAUAAUAAUAUAUAUACUGAGCCCUGAUCUGUAAUAAUAAUAAUAAUAUAUAUAUACUGAGCCCUGACCUGUAAUAAUAAUAAUAAUAAUAUACUGAGCCCUGACCUGUAAUAAUAAUAAUAAUAAUAAUAAUAAUAAUAAUAUACUGAGCCCUGACCUGUAAUAAUAAUAAUAAUAUAUAUACUGAGCCCUGACCUGUAAUAAUAAUAAUAUACUGAGCCCUGACCUAUAAUAAUAAUAUACUGAGCCCUGACCUGUAAUAAUAAUAAUAAUAAUAUACUGAGCCCUGACCUGUAAUAAUAAUAAUAAUAAUAAUAAUAUACUGAGCCCUGACCUGUAAUAAUAAUAAUAAUAAUAAUAAUAUAUAUACUGAGCCCUGACCUGUAAUAAUAAUAAUAUACUGAGCCCUGACCUAUAAUAAUAAUAUACUGAGCCCUGACCUGUAAUAAUAAUAAUAAUAAUAUACUGAGCCCUGACCUGUAAUAAUAAUAAUAAUAAUAUAUACUGAGCCCUGACCUGUAAUAAUAAUAAUAAUAUAUACGGAGCCCUGACCUGUAAUAAUAUAUACGGAGCCCUGACCUGUAAUAAUAUAUACGGAGCCCUGACCUGUAAUAAUAAUAAUAAUAUAUACUGAGCCCUGACCUGUAAUAAUAAUAUAAUAUAUACUGAGCCCUGACCUGUAAUAAUAAUAAUAAUAAUAAUAUAAUAUAUACUGAGCCCUGACCUGUAAUAAUAAUAAUAAUAUAAUAUACUGAGCUCUGACCUAAUAAUAUACUGAGCCCUGACCAGUAGUAGUAGUAGUAGUAAUAAUAAUAUACUGAGCCCUGACUUGUAGUAAUAAUAAUAAUAAUAAUACACUGAGCCCUGACCUGUAAUAAUAAUAAUAUACUGAGCCCUGACCUGUAAUAAUAAUAUAAUAUACUGAGCUCUGACCUGUAGUAAUAAUAUAUAUACUGAGCCCUGACUUGUAAUAAUAAUAAUAUACUGAGCCCUGACCUAUAAUAAUAAUAAUAAUAAUAAAAUAUAUACUGAGCCCUGACCUGUAAUAAUAAUAAUAAUAAUAUACUGAGUUCUGAUCUGUAAUAAUAAUAUAUAUACCGAGCCCUGACCUGUAAUAACAAUAAUAAUACUAAUAUACUGAGCCCUGACCUGUAAUAAUAACAAUAAUAAUACUAAUAUACUGAGCCCUGACCUGUAAUAAUAUAAUAAUAUUAUACUGAGCUCUGACCUGUAGUAGUAGUAGUAAUAAUAAUAAUAAUAUAAUACUGAGCUCUGACCUGUAAUAAUAUAUAUACUGAGCCCUGAUCUGUAAUAAUAAUAUACUGAGCCCUGACCUGUAGUAGUAGUAGUAGUAGUAGUAGUAAUAAUAAUAAUAUACUGAGCUCUGACCUGUAAUAAUAAUAAUAUACUGAGCUCUGACCUGUAAUAAUAAUAAUAAUAAUAUACUGAGCCCUGACCUGUAAUAAUAAUAUACUGAGCUCUGACCUGUAAUAAUAAUAAUAUUAUUAUACUGAGCCCUGACCUGUAAUAAUAAUAAUAAUAUAAUAAUAUACUGAUCUCUGACCUGUAAUAAUAAUAUAUAUAUAUACUGAGCCUUGACCUGUAAUAAUAUAAUAAUAUACUGAGCUCUGACCUAUAACAAUAAUAAUAAUAAUAAUAUAUAUGUAAUAAUAUAAUAUACACUGAGCUCUGACCUGUAAUAACCUAUGUUAUAAUACACUGAGCCCUCAUCUGUAUGUGAACAUCACAGGGUAAUGGCGGCUCCUAUUACCUGGUCGAUAUGUCGUACAAUACCACCAGUAUGUCCACUUCCCAAACUCUAGUAGAGUGCAGCGCUCUAUAAAUAUUAAAUGAACUACACUUACCCCUCAAUAUUGGUUGAGGUUAGUUGAGGGGUAAGUGUUGUUUAUUUAAUACUUAGAGCGCUGCACUCUGAGAGUUUGGGAAGUGGACACACCACCCAAACACAAAGUUAUUUUUCUGGAGGUUUUAUAGUGGGAUUUUGAACUAUAGAGUGUGUUAAGCAGCUUCACCGAAAUAAACACUAUUUAUAGAAGCGCCAUCUUUCCACAUUUGCUGUUUGUUGAUGUGUCAUAUGUCUACACACUGAGCCCUAAAAACCGUUACUGAUCUAUAGAUAUAUCAUUUAAUAAAUCCACUGAGCUGUAUUAUCUGUACACACAUGCACACUACAUUGUUAAACACAGGUCUGCCCACCAGUCAAGCCAUAGGACCUGCUUUUCCCACACAAAUCUCAAAUUUUAUGUGGUGAUGAGAUGCAAAGCGAGUGAACCACUCAUGGAGAUAGAUAGAUUUAUUUAUUUUACAGAUACCGUUGUGCUCAAAAAAAAAAGUUUGCAUACCCUGGCAAUUGUGGCAUUGAUUUUGAAAAUAUGACUAAACAUGAAAAAAACAAGUAUUUUAUUAAAGCAUAGUGGUCAUUUAUUAUUACAUAGUUGUUUGGCUCCUUUAAAUAUCAUAAUGAUAACAGAAAUCGCCCAAAUGACCCUGAUCAAACGUUUACAUACCCUUGAAUGUUUGGUCUUGUUAUAGACACACAAGGUAACACACACAGGUUAAAAUGGCAGUUACAAGUAAAUUUCCCACACCUGUGGCUUUUUAUUAUUAUUGCUAUUUAUAUAGCGCCAACAUAUUACGUAGCGCUUUACAAUAUUACGAGAGGGGGGGGAUUUAACUAUAAAUACUAGAAUUACAAGAAAACUUACAGGAACGAUAGGUUGAAGAGGACCCUGCUCAAAUGAGCUUACAUUCUAUAGGAGGUGGGGUAUAAAACACAUUAGAACGGGAAAUAGCAAUCAAAGAAGGUGGGAGUCAACCAGAGCUGAAGGAGAGCGUAAAGUGCUGCCCCUUUACGAGAGAGCAAGAGACAGGUAUGUAAGGUAGAGGUUACUCUGGGAGGCCAUAAGCUUUACUAAAGAGAUGGGUUUUAAGGCAAUUCUUAAACGAUUGAAGACUAGGGGAGAGUCUGAUGGCGGUAGGCAGGCUACUCCAUAGGAAGGGAGCUGCCCGCAAUAAGUCCUGCAAGCGUGAGUUGGCCGUACGGGUGUAAACAAUGAACAGGAGAAGGUCACGGGCAGAGCGGAGAGACCGAGAAGGGGCAUACCUAUGGAUCUGUGAGGAGAUAUGAGGAGCUAGAAUUGUUCAGUGCUUUAUAGGUAUGGGUUAGCACUUUGAAUUGACUCCUAUAGGAUACAGUAAGCCAAUGUAAGGACUGACAGAGGGGUGAGGUGUGAGAGGACCGACUAGAGAGGAAAAUCAGUCUGGCGGCGGCAUUCAUUACAGACUGUAGCAGGGCAAUAUGGCUUUUGUGAAGAACAAUUAGGCGAGGUUUACAAUUUUAAAUUGCAAUUAGCUUGUUAGCUCUCUCAUGGAUGCACUGAGCAGGCUAGAUACUGAGUCAUGGGGAGCAGAAAAGCACUGUCAAAACACUUGCAUAACAAGGUAAUGUAAACCUCCUUGUGACGGUCACUCAGAUGGCCUCUAGAAAUGCUUCCCUGGUCACUUAUUUCACCUACAUUAAUGCAACUCAUAGGGAUGCAUUGAUUUAAUUAGGGAAUGCUGGAGCGGAUUAGCUUUCCCUGGGGUCUAGUGGGACUGCUGUCAUCUCUCUGCUCUGUUCCCUAGUGCGCUGUUUUAGUGAUGAGGGGCUGGAAGUAUAUCAUAUUCCGUCUUCUGGCAUCACUGGAGGACGCGAGGGAGUAGAGCAGGCAGAUAACAGCUUUCUACUUUGCCGCGGCCUGCCUCCCUCAUUCCGCCGCCUGCUGCUAGCCUCCUUCAUUCCGCGGUCUGCCUCCCUCAGCUCUCAAUGAGCCAACAGUCCGUCUGCUUGCCCGCCUCAGCCCUGCUUGAACCGACUGCCCCCAUCAAAUCUUGGGCAGCCGGCCACCUCGGGCUGUACAGGCUCUCAAAUCCCAGAGCCGUGCCCUGUAAAUACCCUAAUGUUUUCCAGUCCUGUAGGAGUAUUACUGUUGCUUGGGCAUAUAAAGCACACACAACUCCCACCAGCUCUGUGUUUUGGGGAAUAUGUAGAGUUCUUGCUCUCGCUGAGGAGCACCAGAUAGUUUAUUAUUGAUACCAUUGGUUCCCAAACCAGUCAUCAAGGCUCUCAUAACAGUCCAGGUUUAGGUGUUUUUAGAAAGAAAACAAGAAAACAUUUUAGGCAUGACUGGUUAAUCCCUAAAUCUGGACUGGUUUGGGAACCAUUGAUUUAUUCGAACAGUUCUCAAGGAAACCCAAUGCUUUAGUUUGUAUUUUGCUUUUGUCUUACUAUGGUGGUAUCCUCAAAAUCUGUCCUAUCUUUGGUCGUCACAUCUUAUCUAAAGAAUCAGAGCUCUAGGAUGAGUAUAUUCAGAUGCAGGACUAGCCCCAUCUCACGUCCCUUUCAUAUCAGCACCUGACUGGCCAUGGAUAUUGUGUGUGUGCACUUUGCUCAGGUGUGAUUUGGCUCCCAGCUCCCCUGCCUGCUUCCUGAUUCAUAGCUCCCUUGUAUACGAGGUGUCUGGCUCAGCUAACCUAGGUACGUGUAGCUUUUCUUUGCUCCAGUGUCUUACGUGCUGCCUUACUCAGGCCUGUGCUUUGGGCUUUACAUAUGAAUAAUGUAACUCUAUGCAACACUGUGAGUCUAUUGGUUAUAUUUUGCUUUACGUUCAAUGUGAAGAAAUCUGCCAGAAGCCAACCCCCAUGACUAACAUUACAACAAAUGUAUUUCCAGAUACAGAGUGACAGGAAUUUGUCAAAUUUUUUGAAAAAAUGUGCACUCAUUAUACAGCAAUAUACAGAUCACUGGUAGGAAUGGGUAGAACAAUGUGUCACCUUUGUGGCCCUUUUCUGCUUUAUUUCUGGAAACUGCCGAAACAACUCUAGUCAAGUUCCUCUGUAUAAAUUUGUGAUGGUUUACAUUUUGGUACAAACAUUCACCAAUUCCUACCAGCAGCUGUCUUGGAUUAAAAUAUCUGCAGUUGGCGUCCUGCAACACGCCAUGUGGAAUAUGCAGACUCUUAGCAUCCUACAAUCAUUGGCACCAGGGAGCAAUAUGAGAACUUUAGGAAGGCUAUGUACCCCUCCUGAUGAGGCUGGGUGCAGUGUCUGCCACAAGUGGGCUAUGCUACUGGCAUGACAGAAAACACCUGGGACAGGGUUAUUUACCAAAGUGAGACCUAUUGGAAAUUCAGUGAGAAUUCAAAGUGGAUUUCAAAUUUAUACCAGAAUUGCUGAAUUGAAAGCAUGGUUCACUUUUUAAAAAAAAUGUUUUUAAAUUUCUUAAAUUAGCAAUUAAUUUUGAAUUCCUGACAAUUCUCACCUUAGUAAAUAACCCUGAGAGUGAUUAACAGGAAAAAGUAGAACAUUUAAAAUAUAUUCAUGAGAACGAUUUUAGCAUGGAGUGAAAAUGAUUUAAUUCCUCAGUCAUUACUCCAACUUGUGUGUAUUACUUGUUACGGGAUGCCCAGAGAUUAUACUAUGCAUGAUAUGGGUGAAUUUUUUUUUUUUUACGUUUUAGGUGGCGGGGGUUUAACUUGGUUUCCUACAGAUUUUUCUAAGAUUCCUUUGCAAGGAAAUAAAACAAUAUUGCAUGAUUAGAUAAUUUCCUGGGAGUUUUUUGUAGAGUAAGAAUGGUAUGUGGUGUCUCCGGUCUCUUUAAUCCAUUAUCUGCCAGAAAUGUAGAUUAACAUUAAACCUUUUAUGAGAAGAUAUUUUUAGUUCCUAUGAAUGAACCAUAGGCCAAGUUAAUUAUAAAUAAUAGUAACUUUUGUAGUACUUGAGAGCUUUUAAAGUACUUUAGAGAGACAAUUUAAUACAUCACUGCGAUCAUUACUGAGCUGUUUUAAAUGGAUCUCAUGUUAAUGUACUGUGGAGGGAUGAUGGUACAGCAUGCGUUAAGUGGAGCCAUUGAUUUAAAACCAGGGAACUUACUCCUGCGUUAAAGGUUUCUGUCUGCAAUAUAACUGCAGAGGUAGCGUUCUCUUAGGAGGCAUCACGUUUUUGUGUAAACAUUUGUGAAUUUGGCGUAUUCUGCGAUAGCCGAAAUAUAACAGGACAUGUUUGGUUUCUAUAUUAUUAUUAUUAUUAUUAUUUAUUAUUUAAUAUUUUCUUAACCCCUUAAGGACUGGACUGUUUUUGCGAUGUUGUACAUUUGCGACCAGGCAUAUUUUUACACUUUUGUGGUGUUUGUGUUUGGCUGUAAUUUUCCGCUUUCUCAUUUACUGUUCCCAUACAAAUUAUAUAUUGUUUUUUCAGGACAAAAGGGGCUUUCUUUACAUACCAUUAUUUAUAUAAUCUCAUGUAUUUUAAUUUUAAAAAAAUACAAAAAUCUGAUGAAAAAUUGAAAAAAAUACAUGUUUUUUGACUUUUACUUGAAAAAUCUUUUACUCAUCUACAAAAGCGAAUGAAAAAAACUGCUAAAUAGAUUCCAAAUUUUGUCCUGAGUUUAAAAAUACCCAGUGUUUACGUGCUUUUUUGCUUUUUUUUGCAUGUUAUAGGGCUAUAGGUACAAGUAGGAUAUUGCAGUUUCAAAACAUACAUUUUUAAAAUUUAUCAAUAGUGACAUUGUAACACUAUUAUCUGUCAUAAAUCUCUGAAUAACACCCCACAUGUACAUAUUUUUUUUAAAGUAGACAACCCAGGGUAUUCAAUAUGGGGUAUGUCCAGUCUUUUUUAGUAGCCACUUAGUCGAAAACACUGGCCAAAGUAAGCAUUCAUAUUUGUUUGUGUGUGAAAAAAGUAAAAAAACUAAAUUGAACGCUAAUUUUGGCCAGUGUUUGUGACCAAGUGGUUACUAAAAAAGACUGGACAUACCCCAUUUGCAAUACCUUGGGUUGUCUUCUUUUGCAAAUGGUAUGCCAUCAUGGGGGUAAUUCUCAUUCCUGGGCUACCAUACGCUCUCAAAGGCAACGUAACCAACCUGGCCAUUUUCAAUGUAAAAAUAUUUGACCCAUAUAUUUGACCUUGUAACUUUCAAAAAUGCUAUAAAACCUGUACAUGGGGGGUACUGUUUUACUCGGGAGACAUCGCUGAACACAAAUAUUAGUGUUUAAAAACUGGAAAACGUAUCACAACAAUUAUAUCAUCAGUAAAACUGCUGUUUGUGUGUGAAAAAUGCAAAAAAAGUAACUUUCACUGACAAUAUCAUCACUGUGAUAUGUUUUACUGUUUUGAAUCACUAAUAUUUGUGUUCAGCGAAGUCUCCCGAGUAAAACAGUACCCCCCAUGUACAGGUUUUAGGGUGUCGUAGAACGUUACAGGGUAAAAUACAGUGCUAGCAAAUUAAAUUCUCUGGAAUUUCGGCCUGGGUUGGCAGGCAGGUCCCUCAAAUUGCAAUCAAUAAAAUUACUGAAUUAUGUAAAAAUAUUACAUAAAUACGCACGUAGAAUUUAAAUAUAUAUGCAUAUUUAUAUAUUUGAAGUCUACGUGUAUAUUUAUAUAAUUAUUUAUGUAAUUUUGUAUAUGGACGUAUGUAUAUUUCUUAUUAUUUUUAUUUAUUUUUAUAUACAUAGAUAUAUAUACAAAUUCAUUCUAAGUGUAUUUUGAUAUAAAUAUAUGUAUAUUAAUUUUAAAAUACAGUUAGAAUAAAAUUUCAUAUAGCUAUAUAAUUUUUUUUAAAUUUUUUAUUAUUUAAAAAAAAUAUAUUUAAUUUAAAUUACUUAUUAUUUAUAUUUUAUAAUAUAUAUAUACAAUAUAUAUAGUUAUUAUAUAUAUUAUAUAUAUACGUGUGUAAUUUAAUUAUAAGUGUAUUUUUAUAUUAAUAUAAGUACAUAUUAAUAUAAAAAUACACUUAGUAUGACAUUAUAUAUAUAUAUAUAUAUAUAUAUAUAUAUAUAUGAUAUAUAGACAUAUAUUAUAUAGGUAUAAUAUAUGUCUAUAUAUCAUAUAUACACAUAAUUAUUUUUAUUUUUUUUAUUAACACUAACUUUAAUUUAUUUUUUGAUUUUACACAUGCAGGGAGACUGCCUGUCAGCACAGACAGUCCCCCUGCAGGCAGCACUAUGGACACCUAUUGUGACCAUGUGAUCGCUGUGUUAAGCGAUCACAUGGCCACAGGGGUUCCUAAAUCAGUGUGGGGAGACUGUCUGGGCUGCAGGCAGUCUCCCCACAACCGGAGCCACGCUGAUCGCCGCCGGGGGAACGACGGCGAUCAGGUAAGUAGCUCUGACCGUUAGGACGGUUCAGGACCGUCAUCGGUCGGCAACGCAAAAAUGCCGAUGACGGUCCUGAACCGUCCUCGGUCCUUAAGGGUUUAAUAUAUAUUCUAAGCAUACCUGUUUCUUUUUUCUUUUCUGUGAAUAACUCUUACUUUCAAUCAAGAUCUAAAUCAUUUAACCCCUUAAAGGACCACUAUAGUGCCAGGAAAACAUACUCGUUUUCCUGGCACUAUAGUGCCCUGAGGGUGCCCCCACCCUCAGGGUCCCCCUCCCGCCGGGCUCAAGGGGGUGGAAGGGGUUAAACACUCACCUUUCUCCAACGCCGGGCGGGGAGCUCUCCUCCUCCUCUUCGCCUCCUCUCCUCCUCUUCUGCUGAAUGCACAUGCGCGGCAGAAGCUGAGCGCGCAUUCAGCCAGUCUCAUAGGAAAGCAUUCAUAUCAUAUGGACGCUGGCGUCUUCUCACUGUGAUUUUCACAGUGAGAAGCACGCAAACGCCUCUAGCGGCUGUCAAUGAGACAGCCACUAGAGGCUUUAGAGGCUGGAUUAACGCAUUUAUAAACACAUUCCGUCAUGUGUCUUUAAGGGGUUAAUUGACUUGUUGCACAUUCUUGCAAAGCUAUUCGUUAUUUGAAAAGGGGAAAUAAAACCUCUUGGGUGGUGAUUUAUAUUCUUUUUUUUACUAAUGAAAACCAUUGUGCAAUGUCUUGUGUUUUAUUUUUUUAAUUUUUUUUAUUUAUUUGGUUUUUUUGAUUGCCUAUUAACAUAGCCAUACGUUACUUGCCACUACAUGCAUCAUUUUGUUUCUAUUAUAUUGUUCCUGCGGCAUUUCAGCUGUGAAUACAAGGCUGUUUUGCAGGUAGACUCCCAUCUAGGGAAAAGCUGAGAAAGCAUUCUAAGACUUUUAGUUUUACAACAGCUGGAGGUCAGCUUUUUGGACACCCCAUUGGCAGCAUGGCGUGACUCCUCAUAAAAGUUGUGUUUAACUAUUGACUGCAUAUUAUUACUCCUUAUAAAACUGUGUGAUGAUUGGCUGUGUCACAUGUAUCCUUAUUAAAGGGACACUCAAAACACAUAGAACUUCAGAUUGUGGAAGGACUUUGUGUCUGGAGUACCUCCCCCCCCUCCCCUUUCUCUUUAAUGGAAAGUACCAGUGUUAAUGUGUCUAAGCCUUUAUUGAUACUUUAUGUAUCUUCAGCAGGGUUUGUCAUGUAGAUGGUGAGAAUGUCAUGUGAUAUGGUUACAUUUGGCUAAGCAUCAUGGGAAAUAUAAAAAAAAAAAAAAAGAAUUGGAGGAUGCAAAAAACAAAAAUAUAGUUCUAAAAUAUCUGGUUUGCCAGGCCCAUCAACUGUCAUGGGGGAUGGGAUAAAAUGUCUCUUGCCGUGCUAGAUCUGUGAACUGUUGUGUCAAGUAUUCCAUAUACAUAUACACACAUAGACCAUCCCCUUCUCCUAGUUUAAAGGCAUCCCGUCCCCACUUCACAAGUCCUGUUUUAGGGUCUCAACAGCAUUCCAGUCCUGAGGAACACAUCGCUGGUUGAGCAUUUGUGGUUUAUAGUUAAUCUUUUUUUGUGGAUUGUGCAGAAUAUGGCAUUUACCUGCAUCCUUUAGGCAGAGGAAAGGCACAAUUUGUGUGUAUUACUGCAUCUCUUCCUUUCCAGCAAUCUAGAGUUAUUGUCACACAGUCCUAAAAAUUAAUCAUGCUUGUGCCAUGUUAGAAAUGAUAUGUAGGCGUGUGAAGGACGGAGAAAAAUGAGUUCUCUGGCAGUAAAGCAUAGUGAAAUUAAAAGAUUUGAGAAUGCAUUCUGCUUGGAUGUCAGUCAUAUAACAAACCAUGUACCGUCAUCCAGCCGAGCCUGGGGACUCUGUUCUAUCCAGGGACUAAAAGUAUCCUUUUAGCUUUCACUACAUAGCUGGUCGUGUGUAGGAAUGAUUACAAGCCAUCAUUUCCCUCAAGCUAACUGGAUAUAUUUGUAAUAUAAGUUAACAAAGGCAUGUUAUAGUAAUGAUUUACAUAACCCUCUGUUAUUGCUGCUGCUUCCCAAGCCGUGAAGAUGUUGAGCUGCGAUGACUGUCUGAUUCCAUGCUUGAUAUUUUUUGCUCUUGCUGUGAAUUCAUAUCAACUGGCACUGUUUUCCUUUUUUUUUUUUUUUAUAUAUAUAUAAGAUCCACGCUGCCAAGAAAUUUUCAAAAUGAUGUUUCCCUCUGUGUGUCUGCUGGGAUAGUUGCUAGAGAGAUGAAAGUUUUCAUUCACAUUGUAAUAAAGGUAGUGCAAUACGUGAAUCGGUUAGUCGUUUUUGUUUCUUAAAAUUUACGUGUUGUUGUCACUUCUCAUUUUGUAGGUAAUUAAAAACCACAUAUGUAUUGUUAAAAGUAAGUCCGAUUAUAUUGCAACUCUUUCGUUAUUAGACACCAAAGGUUGUUUCAGAAUGACUUUUAUACCCAAAUAAUUUGCAUUAAAAAAAAUCUCCUGAAAAUUGACGAAACCUUAAUCUUUGACGUCUUAAUAAAUACAAUAAUAAGUAAAGAUGUGCAUUUCACACCACCUGUACACACUAAUCAUUUACAAAAUGCUGAGACACGGGACUAUGACAGAUCACUUUAUAUUAAUGUUGGAAAAGCAAAACCUUUAUAGAUCUAUUAGCUUCUGGGUGCAAACCAGGUCUCCAUAAAAUGCUUAGACAAGAAGUUUUAAAAGUGUAUUAAACUGGCUAAGGGCAGAAUGAUGAAUUAAAGAAAUAGUUGGAAUCUGAAAUUGGGAUGUGACAUUUCGUGUGAGACCUUUUUGGGAAAAUAAUAAGUAAAGCACACCGAGUCACGUCUCAUUCUGUGGAAAAAUAAGGCAGCGAUUCCUUGCUAGAUUUCAAACCCAUUAUCCCAGUCCAUGAUGGAUGGAAAAAGCCAUGGAUGCUUUGUUGGCAUAUACAAGGUCUCUCCAGAAAGUAUCCAGCCAUGUAAUAAGAAAAAUUGAGACAUUUAGGAUACAAGAUACAAAAAACAUUAUACAUCGGACAAUAACGCUUCAGUCUCCUUCAAAGUAGGCACCUUUGGACCUCACACAGUUCUCCCGGCAUCUCUUCCACUAUUCAAAACACUCUGCAAAAUCUUUUGUUGGAAUCACCAUCAGCUCCCUCGUCGUAUUAACCUGAAUCUCAAUGACUGUCUGAGAUCCCUUCCCUUUCAAAGGUGAUUUUCGUUUUAUAAAAGACAUGAGUUUCAGAGUACAAAAUCUGUGGCUGGGGGGGGGACUGACUCACCUGGGAGAUAUUAUUUGUGCUGAGCUUAUUGCAUUGCACCCGAAAGCCUUCUAAAUCAUCUGAAUAGUUUCCACCGAGGGAAUGUUCAAGCUUAACACAAAAUUUGAUGCAGAUUUGUUGCUCUACUAGCUCUGUCAUUGUGCAUAUGCUCAUCCAGCGGAGUCUAGCGCCCCCACUGACUAGUACAGUGAAGUCGUAAUUGUUCAUGCAUGCGCAUUUCAGUCCACUCUCCUUGGUGGCCAGGUUACUUCAAUGUCGUGCAAACUGUUCUUGUUAUAUUAAGUGGUUGAAUACUUUCUGUACAUACCUUGUAUCAACCAUUUAUUCCAACACACCCUGACAUGACAGCCCCUUUAUUAGUGUAACAAGUGCUGAAAUGAUAGUCCCAUUCCCCCCCUCCCCCCAAAAGUCACCCUAUGAGUAUCACAUUUAUAGGUAUACGUUUCUCUAAAAAUGAUGAGUAGCUAGAGGAGUAUUUGUUGAUAACGUUUAUUAUAAUGUAUCCUCUUAUCUCUCCAUAUUAAAUAGAAUCCAGUGUUCUGUCAGGCCAUCUCGCAGCACUGUGGAUGUUGGAGAAAGUUUGUUUUUUAUGAUUGUCAGAAACGGCAGCAUCAUUAUAUUCAGCCUCAUUUAAAAUAAAUCAUCAUCUGGCUGCAUGGCUCAGUAGUUUUCUUCCCUCCUGUACAAGUAAUGAAUCAGCAAGGCAGGUACAAGUGGCACAGUCUGCGUGGGAAGCACAAGCGGCGAUUGGCUCUUCUGAGCUUGUCUGUUACGGAUUUUUCUGCUUUGUUUUGAGCUGUGAAUGUCUAAUACACAGAGCGGCGAAUCUCACAGUUUUGUGAUUGCUUUCCAAGUUAGACAUUUAGUGAUAUGUGAUAAAAUGAAACCAUCAAUUAAAUGUCAUUGAAUUCCACGUCUUUAUUGUUUGUACCGUAUAUAUCCAUCUACUUACGCAUGUGGAUUUGGGUAUUUCAUAUGUAAAGCAGAAAGUAAUCUCUAUAGACCGAAACUAAACAGGCUCAGUGACUGUCAGCACUGGUAUGGGAUGUCAUGGGAUGUUAUUUAAUUCCUGCUGGAGCUGCUAUGGUCAAAUGUAAUGUCUGUUAUUUUGAAGCAGAAACAUUAAGGAGGAACAACAGCUUAGCCUUCAAAUGAUCGGAGUGUGAGAGUAUGUAAAGCACAAAAAACAAAACAAAAAAAAAUCCCUCCUAGUUUGCAACUGCAUCCCCUUUUCCAAUGUAUAAAUAGAGGCUGUGGCGAAACCAACCUCGCCACGAAGCAUUGGAGAAGCCUGGUUGCUCGCCUGUUGCCCUUGGACUAUGGCCCCAUGUUAAAAAGCCUUCUUUUCCCCUGCAGAAAAGGCUUGUUCGUGCCUUUCUGCCCGGCGUUCGGUAGAUUCAAUCUACCGAACAAACAACCCAAUGACUGGACCACCUGUAUUGGGAGUGUGUCGGCAAUUUACCUCCCAGAAGCUGCGGUUAACCGCUGCUUAAUUGACGAAUGCUUGGUGACCUUUGUUCGUUUGCCAAACACGUGGCGGCGGCCAUUUUAAAGUCCCGAACGGCCAGCGGUGUUCAGCGCCCAAACUAUGGAACUGGAAACGGACACUUAUUUGCGCGAACACUGCUGAGCCGUCAGCGUCCUUGCGUCUGCAUUCGGUCAUUUAACCGGAUGCCUGUUCAUUCGGUAGUUUAACCGUAUGAACAGCAUUACCUCAGAUAGCCAUGCCAUGGAGCCUAUUCGUGUAACAAAAGACUUUGGCUCCAUCGCGAUUGAACUGUAUGUAUGUGAUCUGAGCGCCAUCCGGUAAUAAUGUGCGCUCAGAUCUAAGCUAUCUGGGGAUAGGUAGAAUGUAUAUGUUUUGUGCAACAGUUGUAACUUUAUACAUUUUUAUGUCGCUUACUGUCAUGUGGUUAAUGGAGUUUUGCCUCUGUCCUGGGAGAUAAUUGGAUUACUUCCCAAUUAUCUCCAGGACAGAGGGAGGGAAAUUAGGAUGCAUUGUGGGGAUGUUUUACCUCUGUGUGUCUGUCAUUAGUUCAUGUCUGUCCUUUGUCAGUCUCCCAUUUGGUCCCCUAGGGGAGUGUCCACCAGCUGGGAGACCUGCAUAAAUACUGGGCAGGUAGCUUUCAAUAAACCAUACCACUGCUUGACCCUCAACACUGAGCUCUGUAUCGUCUUUGGGGGGAUUUACUGUAUGCUGUUAGAGACUGAUUGCCAGGAGUGUAAGCCGCUUGGGUGCUUUUCCUGUUUGUCUGCUAGCAGCUAUUUGUGAGGUUCCAGUUCGGGAGUUUGGAGUGCUACUUUGUAUGCAGUUCGGGAGUUUGAAGCAUUCCCUCGUAUGCAGUUCGGGAGUUUGAAGCAUUUCCUUGUAUGCAGUUCGGGAGGUUGGAGCAUUCCCUUGUAUUCAGUUCUAGAGUUUGGGAUUCUGCAGUAGCUGUGCCUGUGUCUCUGGAAGGGUAGAUCUACUAAAAGGCGGUUUAACCCUUUUAUGCCUGGGGGUGCCGUUAAAGAGGCUUCUGUAUAAAAUGUCAGAUAUCUGCAACUCAAUCCUGCUCAUCCCUACUACUAUAGAACAAACUACAAACACAAUGUGCUCAAAGUGUGCAUUGAUAUGUUGACACUAUUCAAAAAUAAAAAAUCAGUCUUAAUGUUGCAGAAUAUAGUGUGAUUAAAUUUACAGCCACACAAUUAUAUUUAUAAAGGGAAAUGUUCCAAUAAUACAUAGGAAAUAGCUGCAUGUCAAACACAUAUCUUCAUCUGCGAUGUCCCAACACUUGAGAUGGCAAUUUUACUAUAAGUGGUGCAAAUACAGGGUUUAUUUUCGGCAACGUGAUCCAGUUUCCCAUUAUUUCUGUCCUACUGAUUAUUUGUUGCCAUUAACACGUUCAGGGUGUUAAACUGAUGCAAAUAAAAGCCAUCGAGGCGUACGGUUAAGAAUCACAGACUGUCUGUUUUAGUCCCAGCUCAAUUGAAAUGCAGGGCUGAAGAGAUCCGUAGAAAGUCCGAUUUGCUCUCUGGAAAUAUCUGAGAACAUUGCAAGUGUGGCUGUUUUUUGCCUGAACCAAUCAACAUCAAACAAGUGAUUAAAUGCGGCAGAUGGGGCACUUCUGCUCCUCCUAAAAAGGCCUCUUGUGAAGGAACAUAACUAAGGUUUCUCUGUGAAUAUUGUUAUGAUGGAGUUUUUCCUGUGCUCAGACCAUAUUCAAUGUUUCAGCAUAGGCUGUUCUGAGCAUAUGUCACACUAAAAAUAGCCAUAGCAACAGAAAAUAAAGCGUACAUCAUAUGACAAUCGCGUCAUGAGUGUAAUCAUCAGAAAUACAACAUAUGAGAUGUAAAAGUCACAGUCUAAAUUUAUACAAAUUGAGAUAACAGUUGGCUUCAAGUAAUAUGCUGCAAUUUAAAGGCUCCGUCUAAGCACCAAAAACACUUCAGCUUAAAUGACAUAAAGCAUUGCUUUUCGUUUGAAACAAGCUCUAGAGCUGGCAUUUUUAUUUUUUUUUGUUCUCCAAAGGGCAUAUAUUUAAAGCUUCAUAGAAUCGGAGCUCUGCAUGAAGAAGAUAGGGGUAUUACAGUAACACUGUGCAUGUCACCAGUGACUGGCGGUCAUGCCCCCUUAAGAGUUGCCCAUGUGCAGAGUGCUUCUGAAUUGCCCCUGUGGACAGAAUAAAUUGAGUUUAUUGAAUGUUUGGAAAUUUGCUCAUAAUGAGCUUGUUGGAGACCUUUUUCUUUUGUCCCCAGAGGCAGGACAUGAAGAACAGGGGCCCAAAUUGUAAACUGAACGAUUGAGGACUGUUGGUAGUAUGACUCUGGGGUUUACAAAGGCACCAUCUACGUAACAAUGGCAUUCUUUAUUGUGUUUCAGUAUUGGAUGUGUUUGAUUGUUUGACAAUACGUCCACUCAUAGCAUUUUCUAACAUAAUCCUAGUAUAGAGUUUGGGAAAUAAAUGUAAUAUUUAAGGAAUUCUUUUAUUUUUAUUUUCAUGUAGAUUAUUAUUUUGGACUGCAGAUCCUACUCUUAAAGUGGUAUUACUCCAAAGGCAAAUAUUUUUUGCAAAAUUACUCUAGUUUCCCAUUAAAAUCAAUUUGGGCUGGAAUAGGCUCGUUAGGUCGAUUUGAAUAGCAGCUGAGGAUACAUUCUGUUUGGUCUGUCUGUAUUCAUCCAACACUUCCUUUUCACUAGAGUUCAUGUGUGAUUACUCGAUGAGAGUAGCUUUGUAAAUCAUUCUACAGCAGUAGUUCCCAACACAGUCCUCAAGUACCCCCUAACAGGCCAGGAUUUGGGGAUUACCCAGUUGUUUCUAAGUUGUUUUAAUAAAAAAAAAAAACACUUUAGACACAACAGGGUAAUCCCUAAAUCCUGGACUGGUAGAGGGGGAACUUGACGACUGGGUUGGGAACCCGUGUUCUACAGUAACAACCAAUGUUUUCCAAACAUGUUCUGUGCUUUCUUUCAGCCAUGUUUCCAAGAAACUGUACUGUGUAUGCGGACAGAGACGUGGCGGACAGAUGAGAUCUCUGUAUUGAUAACUUCCGUCAGUAAGUGAUCAUUGUCCGGGACCUCUAACCAAAACACAUGAUGGACCAGCACAAGGAUGAAAAUCCACACGUUUGGCCCACGACCGAGGAACACCAGGCUAAUGCUGCUCAGGUGAGGCAAUGCUAUGUUAUAAUGUUGCACAAAUUAUCCAUAUAUUGUGGCUAUAGGCAGCUUUCUGGAUAUUUUAAUAAUGUUUCCAAAUCCUCAUUCUCUCACACAGUGUUUAUUUUUACUUUGAUUAUCAGUAUGAAACAACGUAGGAGCAGGGCCGUCUGUGUGUGUAGGUUUCCAAAAUGUGGCUUUGUCAAUGUACGAUUUCAUUUUGUUUCUAUGCAUAUAUUUUACGGCAGGUGCAUUUUGUUCCUGAUGGAGGUGCUGUGGCACAGAUCGUGUACAGUGAUGAUCAGGAUCGACCACCACAGCAAGUGGUUUACACUGCAGAUGCAUCAUCAUUCACAUCUGUGGAUGCGUCCGAACAUACCUUGGUAUAUAUUCACCCAGUGGAUGGCUCCCAGGUAAGUGGAUCAGAAAGCUUAUCAUACAGGGUCAUCUACAGCCUAGAUUUUUGACAAGCUUUUUAUUUAGGAUGGGAGUUGAAGAGUAGAUGGGAUCUGUAAACGUCUCUUAAUCGUUUGUUUAAAGACCAGCUGCUAUGGUCGGGCAAAUCUAUAUUGCAUUUAUAUAUAGACAGAAUAUGUGCAAGGUGAAUUAAUUUGCUGUAAAUAAGUAUAUAUGUAUAGAGAGAGAACUGUAUUCAAUAUUGGAAGGCUUAAUUUGUACCUGUGUGCUGUCUGCAUAGCCAUAGCCAUCAAGUUGCAUAGCCAACUUGAUCCGUGUCUGCAAGUUGAGAACCUGUUUCCCCCAGUGCUAACUGCUCUGUCACAGAAUGCUGUGUGUGUGUGUGUGUGUGUGUGUGUAACUCACUAAACAAACCUAAACACAAAUGUCAAGAAAGUAUAAGAUUUAUAUAUCUCCUGGUGAUUUCACUAGCAUAAUAUAUAGACUGCAUUAUAAUUGUUAACCUGAACCAGACAUUAUCUGGACAAUAUAUACCUUUAUACGAGGCCUUUAUGUUGCUUUAUAAUGGACCCUUCCACUUAAAAACUGCCACUUUAUUUUAACAGUUCACUUUAUGUAGAGUUUGUUUUUAAAUGUUUUUAUCUUAAAUUUCUUUUUCUUUUCAAGACACUCUUUACUGACCAGCCGCAGGUGGCCUAUGUUCAGCAGGACGCUACCACACAGCAGGUAACACACAUGACAUAGAAACCUAAAUAUGACUUCAACAAAGGUGCAGUAUUAUAUAGAAACUAAUUAAUUCCAUUUGCAAUUAUAAUGCACUUUUUUCUGUGCUGUUACUUAAUUGCAAUUUAAAAAAAAAAAAUUACCUUCUUAUCUUUCUGGGUUGUGCUAUUGGUUAACCGGGGCUGCCAUCCGUAUGAGGUCACACCUUACUUUGUCACCUGUAUUAUAAUUAAGGAUGUGUUUAGCCAUAUCCAGGUUGUAGGGUCUGCAUGACUUUAAUAAAAUCAACUGAGAAGAUAUUAAAGUAAUGCAAGAAAAUGUUCGUUCUGGUGUCCGAGAAGCAUAUCACUCUUUCGCUUAUUGUCCUCAGAUUUUAAUUUCUAAACAUGCCACGUAGAAUGUGCACUCAAUACAGUCCCUAUGACAGUAAAUGUUAUGUAGAAUGUGCACUUAAAGGACCACUCUAGGCACCCAGACCACUUCAGCUUAAUGAAGUGGUCUGGGUGCCAGGUCCUUCUAGGGUUAACCCAUUUUUUUUAUAAACAUAGCAGUUUGAGAGAAACUGCUAUGUUUAUGAAUGGGUUAAGCCUUCCCCCUAUUUCCUCUAGUGGCUGUCUCAUUGACAGCCACUAGAAGCUCUUGCGUGCUUCUCACUGUGAUUUUCACAGUGAGAGCACGCAAGCGUCCAUAGGAAAGCAUUGUAAAUGCUUUCCUAUGCGACGGGCUGAAUGCGCGCAGCUCUUGCCGCGCGUGCGCAUUCAGCCCAGGAGGAGGAUCAGAGGAGGAGAGAAGGAGGAGAGCUCUCCGCCCAGCGCUGGAAAAAGGUAAGUUUUAACCCCUUUCCCCCUUCCAGAGCCGGGCGGGAGGGGGUCCCUGAGGGUGGGGGCACCCUCAGGGCACUAUAGUGCCAGGAAAACGAGUAUGUUUUCCUGGCACUAUAGUGGUCCUUUAAUGCAGUCCCUAUGGCAGUAUGUUUGGCGUUGCUGCCAUCAGUGCUUGUGGAGAAGUUUUAAGCUAUGGUGCUAUGGGUUUUCUGUCAACCAUGCACAUGAACAAAAAUGGUUUAAUCUAGUAGCAAUGAAAACAUUUACUGCUGAAUGUUUUAACAGAAAAAUGAGAAUGUUUUAAUAAAUUUCUGAUUCCCGAAUUGUAACAUCACGCUUAUGCUGUUGGUUUGCAGGUGACUGUUCUGUUGCCUGCUUCGCAGAGCAUGAAUACUGCCAAUUUAGCUGUCCUUAGUGGAGUCCCAGAGUCUGCGCAGACAAUGUCACUGGAGCCAGUAUCACAAGUGGACAGAGUACGCAGAACUUCGUAAUCCCUUCUGUGUUGUUGAUGUUUUUGGAGGGGGAGGAGAUCUUUCUUUCUUGAAAUGCUUGGUUCUUACAGUACUUUGAUGUAAUUUUGAUUAUUAUUUCAGUAGAGAUUUCUGUUUUUCCUUUUUAACGAUAUCAUUUAAAAAAAAAAAAAAUGCAUUAUACUCACUACCUGGCAUCGGGGAUGUUUCUCCCUUAAGUGUAGCUCAUGCAUGUUAAGAAUAAUGAUUUGACGGGGAAUCUAUUUAUUAUUGCAUUUUUCAGUGAUUUAUCUGUGUUUAGAGAAGAAAAGGGGAUGCAGACAUGUGUGGCUUCCUUGCUGCAGAUACGUUGUUGUUUCAAUCCUCCCUGUUUAAACUUCUUAUUUUUAAUUUAUUUUUCAUCUUUAUUAAGAAACCUGCAUGUGUACCAAGGCCAUAACCCUUGGCAGCGCUAUGUAGCCGAAGCUGGUACAACAUUUUCAGCUCUAAUGGAGUACAUAUUUCAAUUAUUCAUGGACUGUAUAACCCCAAACCUUGCAUUAUGAAUAUUUUUUUCAAGCAGAAGCACAUUUUUUUUUUUUUUCCCUACCAACCCAUGCUGUAUUGGCACACAUUAAUAAAAUGUGUUGGGUCAGACGCUCCUUUAACCCCAUAAGGACUGCGAACGUACUAGGUACGACUGACAAAAAACGGUCCUUAGGGGCCGUGGAUGUACCUAGUACGUCCGCUGGAAGCGAUCGGGAUAACUUCCAGCUGCUCAAAGGGUAUUGCAGCGAUGCCUCGAUGUCAAGGCUGAAAGUCCAAAGAAUUUAAUUUGCUAGUACUGUAUUUAACCCUGUAAUGUUCCUUAAAACCUGUACAUGGGGGGUACUGUUUUACUUGGGAGACUUCGCUGAACACAAAUAUUAGUGUUUUUAAAACAGGAGAACAUAUCACAGCGUCAUAAAGUGAAGUUUUUUGCAUUUUUCAUACACAAACGGCACUUUCACUGAUGAUAUCAUUGUUGUGAUAAGUUUUAGUGUUUUGAAUCACUAAUAUUUGUGUUUAGCAAAGUCUCCAGAGUAGAACAGUACCCCCCAUAUACUGGUUUUAUAGUGUUUUUGAAAGUUACAGGGUCAAAUAUAAGGCUUGAUUUUCUGUUUUUUAUCAUUGAAAUUUGCCAGAUUGGUUAUCUUGCCUUUGAGAGCAUAUGGUAGCUCAGGAAUGAGAACUAACCCCAUGAUGGCAUACCAUUUGCAAAAGAAGAAAACCCAAGGUAUUGCAAAUGGGGUAUAUUCAGUCUUUUUUAGUAGCCACUUAGUCACAAACACUGACCAAAGGUAGUGUUCAUAAUUGUUUUUGGCAUUUUUAACACACAAACCAAUAUAAAUGCUAACUUUGGCCAGUGUGUGUGACUAAGUGGCUACUAAAAAGACUGGACAUACCCUAUAUUGAAAACCCUGGGUUUUCUACUUUAAAAAAAAAUGUACAUGUGAGGUGUGAUUCAGAGAUUUAUGGCAGAUAACAGUGUUACAAUGUCUCUAUACAUUUUAAAAAUAUAUAUUUUGAAACAGCAAUGUCCUACCUGUACUUAUAGCCCUAUAACUUGCAAAAAAAAAACAUGUUAAGAUUGGGUAUUUCUAAACUCAGGACAAAAUUUUGAAACUAUUUAGCAUGGGUGUUUUUUGGCGAAUGUAGAUGCGUAACAGAUUUUGGGGGUCAAAGUUAGAAAAAAAAAACACAUUUUUCAUCAUAUUUUAUAAAAAAAAUUUUUUAUAGUAAAUUAUGUUAUGAUGGAAAUAGUAUCUUUAGAAAGACAAUUUGAUGGGGAGAAAUACUGUAUAUAAUAUGUGCGGGUAAAGUAAAUGAGUAAGAGGAAAAUUACAGCUAAACACAAACACAGCCCUGGUCCUUAAUGGUAAGAAAAUGGAAAACCGGUCUGGUCAUUAAGGGGUUAAUUGUUUACCUUCUCCUGUGUUUGGAUUUAGCAUUCAACAGAAUGCAUACUAGUAUUCUUUCAGAUUAUUAUAAAAGUUAUCGCAUAUAUCCAGUGGGUUAGAGUAGAACAGACCCAUAUUGAGCAUUUUUUUUUACAUUUUUAACAGUAAUUUAAUUCUAAAGACAUGUAUGUAGUUCAUGGUUUUUUUUUUUUUUUUUGUUCUAUUAUUUACUUUAAGGCAUCAUUAUCGGUGCAUGAUCAUGGCUUGCCUCCUAUGGAGGAAGCAGAAAGCUCAGCAAACAUGGAAACUCUGCAGCAUAGCCCCAAUGCUCAUUCAGAAGAAAAAGAUGAGGAUGACGAAGAAGAUGAUGAUGAGGAGGAGGAGGAGGAUGAUGAUGAAGAUGAUGAUGAAGAUGGUGAAGAUUCAAGUUUUGAUGAAUGGGAGGCAGACCCGCCACGUCCAUUUGAUCCAAAUGAUCUGUGUACGUUUCUAGACAUGUAGAAAUAUUAAUAGAUUUCUGUAUGUGAUGCUCCAGCUUAUAUUACUUGCUUAAAACGCUUUACCUUUAGGGGCAACUCGUUUUGAAAGGACACUCAAUGCACCAUAACCAGUUAAUCUCAUUGAAGUUAUGGCGCCCAGAGGCCACAGAUACUAUUCCACAGUUCAGUGUUGAACUUUUCUUAAUUAGUGUAACCAUGAAUGAGGGUCCCUCGGCACCCACAGACUGGCCCCUACUCUGCUGCUCUCAUCCUAUCACUGCAGCUAAUGGCUGGUAUGGAUUGAUAAUUGAUAUGCAGAGUUAUACUGCGCUUUAGCCAUACAACUAAAUAUAUAAAAAGUGGAACAGUCAACAUUUAGGUGAGAAUUCCCACACUAAAAAAUACAUUGUGCAAAUACUUAUGCAGCCAGUAGAUGGUGCCCAAUGUCAUCAAAUUAAAUUGUACAUGGAAGAAAAAAACUUUUAUAUAGAUAAUAGUGUAGAUCGUUUAACAAUUGUAAAAUAGAUACUGCUCUAGAUCGUCUGGUAAAUACAAUAAGUAAAAUUGACAGAACAAGUCCUUUUUAAAAAUUAUAAAUCAAUGAGCAUCAAAUGACUGACAUAAACAAAUAAUAACUUUAUUAUAUAACAUACAAUUUAAAAAAACGAUCUAAAUGAUCCACUGCCACUUAUAGGAUUUUAUCUGAGUAUACACGGAACACCAAGCUGCUAUUCACAAACACGCUUGAUCAAACAUGAGUUUUGGUCUCCCUCCAUGGGUGUCCCCAGGCUCGCAGUUGUUUAGUAUCUGGCGGCUUUGCAAGCUCUGCCCACUACUUGUGAUGUUGACGCAUUUCGCCGGUAUAAUUUUGCUUUCUCAAGACAUAAAGUGCUGUUAUUUUUAAUUUGGUAGCGCCUACACACCGUUGCACUUCUCUAUAAAGUGCUCAUACCAUCAGCAGGAUCCAGAACCAUGAGCAGCCAGUAACCCUCAUUUAAUGUCAUACUGAUUAUCCAGUAGUGUAUUUUCCAGACAAGUGAAAAAUCCCUAUACAUAAUUAUACAUAUUUAUUGAAAUUAUAUAUGUUGUUUGUUUUUUUUUUAAGGCAUUUUUUUAUGGAUCUAACAAAUGUUGAAAAUAAUUAUUAUAAACUGUAUCCAGUUGUGAUAUUUUUGAAAAUCAGUGUGUAAAUCUGGAAGUAUUGUAUAAAACAACAUUAAAGGUUUACUACAACCAAAACCUGUGUUUUUUAUAAAUCACUGUUUUUGGAUUGAGUAAACCUUGCAUGCAUCGCUCUUGCCUGCAAAAGGGGAAAAAAGAAAGGAAAGAAAUGAAGCAAAAAACAUGCCUUAGAUCCCAUGCCGCGGCUAGUUUCUCCUGCAGCCUAAUCCUCAUCCAGUGAUGUCACUCCACCUCACUGGGAUCUGUGCUGACGACAGACGCCCAGUAUGCACUGAAUUAAUAUCUCUCAACUCUCAUUCCUGGCUGGCUAGUGGUGCUACCGGUGGAUUUACACAUCUGAUACUAAUGUUCUCUAUCUUUGUAUGUGAAGCAUUUGAAACAGAAAUAAUCUGCACAUAAAGAUUCCAAACGCCAUGACCACUACGAAUUAAUGAAAUAGUCAUGAUAAUUUUCCUGUUUUUGUUUUUGCAGGGUGUGAGGAAUGCAAUAAUGCACAUCCCUCCGUUUGCCCUAAACACGGAGCCCUUCAUCCAAUCCCAAACCGCCCAGUCCUAACCAGGGCACGUGCCAGUCUUCCUCUAGUCCUAUAUAUUGACCGUUUCCUUGGCGGUGUCUACUCCAAGCGCCGUAUUCCCAAACGCACUCAGUUUGGCCCUUUGGAAGGUCCCCUUGUGAAAAAGAGUGAGCUGAAGGAUGGUUAUAUCCACCUAAAGGUAUGUUGUAGCACAAACUGUCCCAGUGGGAGGUUAUAAAGCAACUAGUAUUCUGUAUGAUGUUACAGAACCGAUAGCUUCAACGUUUCUUACCCUGAAGGGACAAAAAUUCCUGAUCUGGUAGAGAGAGUUUUAAACAUAAGCUGACACUUCUGUUUGUGAAAGUUAGACCAGCACUGCUUCAUAGACUGACAUCGAAAAUGUUUAAUAUUCUAUUAAUACACAACAUUGACAUAGAAAGCCCCUCAUUUAUUAGCACACAGAUUGUUAUGGUUUACUUUUACUUUGUGGCUGCAGUUUGUCUGAUGCUUCAAUAUGGUUCCCAGGUAUCGCUGAACAGCACAAACUCUGAUGGGAAUUUGCAUGAAGAUCUCUGGUUUGAACUGUCAGAGGAGAGUCUCUGUAACUGGAUGAUGUUUGUACGGCCAGCUAAAAAUCAUCUGGAGCAAAACCUAGUGGCUUAUCAGUAUGGCCAGCACAUCUACUACACCACAAUCAAGAAUGUGGAGCCAAAACAGGAGCUGAAGGUAUGGAAUAGAUUAUUUUAUUUAACUAGAACCUGAAAUAUGUGAAUAUGCAGUUAACUAAGCUGUAGAAAUCAUUGGAAUCUUUUUGCUCCUGUUGUUAUGUGUGUCUUGAAGCAGUUUCACACAGAAAUUGGUCUUUUCCAUCUCCAUUGAUAUUCACAUUUGAAGAACUGUUAUAUUUGACUAAUUAUCCAAAGUGGAAAUUUCUUUGGAAUUGUAUACAAAGAUUGAGGGACAGUUAGUACCUAAAUCUGUGAACAGAUUUCACACCCAGGUGAUCAAUGACCAAUUUUUAAAUCUGUUAUUAAAAGAUCAGCCUGUUGGUAAGUAUCUUGUUUUGACAGAAUUGACAGUCUGCUGCACUCAGGGUACUUAGUCAUGGUACAUGUGUAUUGUCACAUCUGUAACUUUUUUUUUUUAAAUAAUCAAAGCCAUGGCUAUGAAAGGUUUAAAACCAGAAAACAAUGCUCAUAAAAUAUUCAUGAAUAAAACACAUAAUCAUCAUAAGUUGAAGAGGUAAAUUUCAUGAAUUAGCUGCAGCAUUUGCAAAAAUAUUGUCAUAAGAUAUCAAAACAUCCGUGUAUCACCCUGACCUUCCAGAGUAGAAAAUAAAGAUCUCUGUAUUCUAAUGUAUGUGUGUAGGAGAAAGUGUCCUCAUAAAAGUAACAUUUUGUUGGAUCAAAUAAGCAGACGCAUAUACUUAAAUUAAUGGUUUUGUGGUCUUUGCACUGGGUCGUUACAAUAAUGUACAGGAUGCCAAGUGUGUGGUAUGCACUAAUGUGCGCAUAAUCAAAUGCAAGUAUUGGUGGUAAAUAUACUUCAUUUGUAAACCUGUGAUAUUUAUGUGGCAAACCCUGGUACUUCUGGUUAGAUUAAAUGGGUAUACCAGUGCCAGUUAAAUUUACUAUUUAUCAUGAUAUGUUAAAGAAACACUUUGCCAGCUUCCGGUCAUUACUAAAUUCCUAUGUCACUAUAAUCGUCUUCCAUUGCUUGAAUGGUUCCAUUAUAGCACAUGUUAACUCUCCUCUCAGGUUUGGUAUGCAGCCUCCUAUGCGGAAUUCGUCAAUGAGAAGAUCCAUGAUAUAUCCCAGGAAGAAAGAAGGGGUAAUGUAAUGCCUUUUAUUAGUGACUCUCUGAUUAUGUAUGUGCUUGUGUGAUGGCAGGGGCUGUAUAUUGUUAAUAUUUAAUGGAAUAGCUUCUAUAAAAGAGGGAAAGGGCACAGCAACUUGGCUUGAGGAGCCAGAACGGAAAAUGUACACUAGUCUGACUCACAUCUGAUUCUGUAAGUGUACCUGAGUCAGGUCUGUGAAUGAAACGGUUAUUUGCCUUUUUGCACCAUUUUGAAAUGGGCAAAACUGUGCACAGCUUAAACUAUAGUGGAAAAUGUGAAAUUAAUUUUAUUCAGCCGCCAAAAACUGUGAAAGGUUUCAUUUCUACAUUCAAAAGAAAAAAAUAAAUACAUUUCAAGGUAGUAGGGGGAGAAAAAAAAAACUUAAUUUAAAACAAAAAUAAGCCAAAACCCUGCAACUGCAGUUACCUACUCAAUGGCAAUGCUUCUUAGACAUUUUACUUUUCUGUUUUUCACCAGUUUAUAGGGUUGUUGUUAUAGCUUAAAAUUGUUUAUCUGUCUGCAAGAUUUUUUUAAUUUCCUUAAUCAAAAACAAAUUAUUUAUUUUUUUACUUCUGUACACAUAUGUGAGCAUAGUAUGGACUAUAUUACCAAUUUUUUUUGUUCUAUCUGUAGGAUCAUGUUCAUUUGUGAGAACUGUUACAAUUGUAGGGGAUCCAAAAAUAUGAUUAAACUGUCUAUAUCUACAACUAAAAAAACAUAAAUGUCUUAUUUGUAUUCGUUAUGAAGCUAGGAGUGCCUUGGUGUCUUCCCUCCCCUUCGUCAUUCUAAGUAUUCAUACAGUGUUUUAAUGAUUUGACUUCUUACCUGGGCUCCUCUCCCUUCCUGCACAGGAGAGGUGGAAGUACCUAAUCUGGAACUCAUUGGCUGAGUGUGUCAGCUGAUUUUAAAGUUGAGGGAAUUUUAGUCCUUUUUGUCACUUUGUUUGCUAAUAUAUCUAUGGCUUCUUUUGUUUUAGUUCUGCGGGAACAAGAAAAGAACUGGCCUUGUUAUGAAUGCAACCGCCGUUUCAUGAGCUCAGAACAGCUUCAGCUGCACCUUAAUACACACGACGAAAAAAUCGAUUUAUUUAGCAGGUAUAUAGAUAUAUUUACAACCUUAUUUUUUUCUCUUUUUAUUUUUAAAAAAAAUGUUUUUAUUUAAUUUUUCAAAGGUAAAAUUUACAAACGGAGUUUACCACUGUUUACUGCAAAUACAGGACAAUAACAAUGUGUAAAAUCCAGAAUCCACAUUUGAAAAAAAAUGUGAGUCAUAAUAAGUAAAAAUGUUUAACCCCUUAAGGACACGACAUGUGUGACAUGUCAUGAUUCCCUUUUAAUCCAGAAGUUUGGUCCUUAAGGGGUUAAUUUAAAGGAUGACAUUGGGCACAAUAUGCAUGAACAACAGGUUAGAGGUCAACUACCUGAUGUAGACAAAAGUAUGUCUGCAUUGCCACUGAUCUCCCUUGUGGAGAAAAUGGCUGUUUCCAUCUUCUCUACUAAGCUAAUGGAUCUCAUGAGUUUGCAGUUUGAAGCCCAGUGUGAUGUCAUUGUAUAGUGUUGAGACAAUGAUGGAGAAAGAAAAGAAGAGAGAGGGAUAGGCUGUAGGAUUUUGAGUACUUGGAUUGUUCAAAUGGGUGAAACUUGUAAUGUUGUCAUGUUAUCCAUGUAUUAGGACGUUUUUUUAAAUUAGAUAAUUAGAGUGAGGUUGUUCAUUAUUGGUGGUUAGUGUAGGUUUCCUGCAAAAACAAGUACAAAGUACAGGGUGCACAAUUAAAAACACCACCACACAAUGUUAUAUACUUGUAUCAAGGAGGACCUUACAAUUUGUGUCUGGUUUUCUGUAACACAUAAAACUGCACACAGUGUAAUACUGUAUAUAUACAGAUAUUUAAGGACACAGAGGUAAUGGGUCACUUAUUCUUCCCAGAGACACGUAUAGCAGGUUCUGGCUGUGAUGGCUUAUAAGCAGAUAAAGUUGCUGAAAUGAAUCCUGGAAUUCUGUUACUCCCAAAUAAUCAGGAAACUCGAAGGUUUUUCUCAAAUGGAUUUACUUCAAUAAAUUGCAGAAAACAGGAUAUAGCAACAGACAAUUAAAAAUGUCCAAAGUAAAAGCACAACGCGUUUCAACCAUAUAGGUCUUCCUCAGGUGCAAGGUCCUCCUUGAUAUAAGUAUAUCACAUUGUGUGGCGGUGUUUUUUAAUUGCGCACCCUGUACUUGUUUUUGCACUUUAUGUAGUGUCUUCUGAGUGAUUAUUGACACUAGGUUUGCUGCAUCUCUCACAAUUCAAUAGUGCCAAUCCACCAUAUCCAAUUGUUUUGUACUUUUGAUGAGUGUAGGUUUCCUACUUUUGCGUCUGUGUCCAGUAUCAGUAGUCUCCAAACUAUCAGAGUUUUGGUGGAGGUCACAUCUCCCCUAGUGUUUAAGGUGAUAUAUCUGGUACAUAUAUGUGUGUUUGUGAUGGUGUGUUCGGUCAAAGAGUGUCUAAUCUCUUCCAUGGAUCUAAUGAGUUCCACUCAGAAAACCAUUCCCAAAGUGGCGAUGAGAUGGUUUGCUUCCAUUAUUUAGGAAUAAGUGCUUUGGCUGCUUUCAGUAGAUGGCAUUCUAAAAAGUUAAUGUAUUUCUUCCUCGGUUUGGGUAAGUGGUGGAAGAAAACUUCAACAAAAAAAAAAUAACAAGGUUAGGGGAUAUUGGCAUGGUUAGCAAUGAUUGGGAGAAUUUCUUGCUAGUAAGACUAAAUUAAAAGACAUUCCCACCAUAGGUACCUUUGCACAAUCCAGAUCUCCAGCAAUGUUCUAAUACUUGAGGGAAGAUGUUAUAUAAUGUUAUUGGGCUUUUAUACCAUCUGGAGAGUAAUUUGAAAUUAAUUUCGAUUGAGAGGAUGUUAAUUAAAUUUGUGUAAAUAAGAAAAUAUUUUGUUCCAAUCCCAGUAUUUGGAGCAUCUAAUAUCUGACGCCCAUUCUCUGAUGAAAUGAGGCAAAGAGGGGCAGGUUUAUUCUUGUACGUGAGCAUAUAGCAUAGAAAGGGUAUUUUUGUGUAUUGUUGGUUUGGAGCUCCCCUGUUCGAAGGUGGAGCAGGUAGGUAGGGUGGUUUUUCCAAGUAGAGUAGUGACGGUUAGUUGAUCAUGAAGGUUAUCUAUGAAGGAUGGUGGUGUUUGGGCAGAUGUCUGAUAUGGAUUUAAUCGUGUUUCCAACAGAUAUGUUCUGCAGUGUUAUAAAUAGGAAGUAUGAAAGUGCUUGGCCAACACAGUCCCGGCUCCCCUGGAGGAGAGUUUGGGUUAUGAGUGAUUGGGGUCAAAGAGUGGGUGACUCGACUAUUUGGUUACUAUCGAAUUUUCUCCACAAUUGAAGAAGGGGAGUAACAGUGUGGUGGGAGUUCAUACAGAGUGUAGUGAUGGGACUGUUUGCCAUGGGAGUUAAGCCAAGGGAUAUUUGAUCCUAUUCUGUUGCAGGUCUUUCCAGUGCUUGGUGCUAUCUCUGUUGCAUCAUUCCAGUAUUCUAAGGAAUUGGGAGGAAAUAUAGGAUCUAAAGGGAUCAAGGAGACUGUCUUCCUUUGGAUUUUGGACUUAAUAAUAAUAUUUGGUCUUCUGCCAAACUAAAGUCUGUGAAGAGUCUAAUUUUUAAGACAAAGUAGUAGGAGGGUAUUUGAAUUGGUAGGGUUUGGUAAAGCUAUAGCACUCGAGGAAGGGCAUUUAUUUUAAUAAUGUUGACUCGACCCAUCCGUGAAAUGUGAGGUUAUCUAGAUAUAUUUACAUUCUGCAUUUUUAAUAAUAUCAAAUGUAGAAGGGGCGGGGCUAGCACCCAGACCCAGACAGACACCAUUUGCUGGAGCUCCUCUAAACAAACUUGAAUUUGUAUUAUAUUUACUUGUUUUUAUUAUUUUCUAGAAGUAUGUAUACAUUUUUAAUAGUUUCUUAAAUAAACAUAUAUUUUUUAUCCACCAUUGAAUUACACUCUGCGCAAGUGAUUCCAGGAAGGGGAAGUGUCACCCCUACUAACUGACACUAGGCUAAAAAUACUUAGAGCCAGUUACCACAGGCUCUAAAGAAGGUGAGCAAUUUUGUAUUUUAUUUACAUUGAUUUAUAUCGGUAUCUAAAAUACUACAUUUAGAUUGGGGAUAUCUGUGUCUUUUUUCCAUGCAACGUGGAGAGGAAUUACGCUCUUUUUUUCACCUUGAGAGACGGGUCGUGUGAUCUACCCUAAAAAGACACAGACACCUGGAAGUUUAGAGCCUUAUAACUGUAAAAGGCUCUAAAAAAUGUGAGUUUAUUUCAAUUCAUCAUUCACAACUAAAGGACUUUUUUUGGAUAUUUAUUUAACAUACUACACUAUUAUUUGUACUCUUUCUAUGUUUUCUAUUUUUUAUAUAUCACUAAGAAAACUAAAGCACAAUAUAUAGGGUAAGUGCGUGUGUUAGCACUGUCCUUUCACUGAAAAUUUCACUAUAUAUUUAGCGCUACACUCAUGAGGAACUGAAGAUCUGGGAGAUAUAAAUAUCCACCUAGAUCCAAAGUUUUCUCUGUUCUUUUUGGUGUUUAAUUAUGUAUGGUGGGUUAUAAGGAGUACCCACGGAGUGUAUAUAGCAGCUAAAACCACAAUUCACUAAUUAUAUAGCGCCACUAUUCCACAUCUUUUUGUGUUCAAACUUGAAAUCUGCCCGAUAUCAUCGAAACAAGAGCCCACCCAGCCUCAAAACUCACAAAAUCGGACUCUGCUGCCCGAGCUGAAAACAUAGAUGCCUUUCUUCUAGCCAAAAAAACAACCAAAGCGGCGACGCAAAAUCGAGACCUACCACCCUCUCCAGAUCCCCAGCCUUGCGUCACUCUUCUGUGGUGACCUCGUGGAGCGGCCGAAGGCGACCUCAACACACACAUCGCCUGACACACUCACCAUGGGCCGUAAAUCACAGAGACCCGUCACAGGGUCGGAUACCAGGGACAUUGGGGCGAUGCUCCAGAAGCCCAAACAAACCCUGGCUGGAGACCAACUGUACAUAGAACCAGAACCGUACAGCCACGAGAUGGAGGUACCACAACACCGCCCGGCGAAGAACCACGCCAGCGAACCCUUCGGAUGAUUCAGCCCCAACAACUAGGGGAGACCUGAAGGUCCUAUUGGCUGAUAUUCACAAGCUCCUGGCUGCAGAUUCAGCUGUAUUUAAAACACAGCUACAGGCCGUAACAGAGAGAGUCAAGGCCAUAGAGGAGGUUAUAGUGGACUCAGUCUACCAUGCAAACCAUGCAGGACUCUAUCCACCAAUUACAAGCGCACAAGACUAUCCUGAACGCAAAACUCAUAACCAUGGAGGAUAGACAACGCAGCGCAAAUAUCAAUAUAAGGGGUAUCCCUACAGCAAUAUCCGCGGGGGAACUGCCCUUCUACACCAGACGCCUCUUGACAUCUAUAUUACCUCCCACGCUGGCCCGCAAAAUCACAGUGGACAGUCUAUAUCGCAUCCCCAAUAUAACCAACACUAAUUCCAACCUGAACCGGGAUGUCAUCCUGCGCUUCCACUCAGUACAAGACAAUACACAUGUCAUGACAGCUGUGAAGGUGCAGAGCCCCCACUCCCGUUUGAAAAUGCCACCUUGAACUUUUUCCAGGAUCUUACAAAGGCAACGCUGCUGUGGAGGAAAACCUACGCACCGGUAACUUCCCAACUACGCACGGCAGGACAGCCAUACAGAUGGGGAACCGACAACUCUUUAACUGUCACGAAAGAAGGUACUACGCACGUCCUUCACACCAUGGCUGAUGCAACUUCUUUCCUGGGUAAAUUAGGACUACCCAUUCCAGCUGACAACCGGUCGCUACCUGAGAGUGCCAGAGACCCGGCCACCAUCACCCCCUUUGUCCCACGCACCAGAGGGACACCACAGACACCCAUGGCUCCACAACCUAGCCCACUUUAGAAGGCUCCGGCCUCGAGACACCCAGAGAGGACACUGAUGCACGAGGGAAACCUCGGACCAGGACACAAUGCAGUUACUAGAACUACCUUUUACCUUUACAUUUACUAUAACUUUUAUCUAUGUUUUCACAACUUAUCGUUUAAAGCAGUUUAACACGCUUAUCCUGACUACGAGCAAAUCACACCCCAGAUAAAACACUGGACACAACACCAGAGAGUCAGUGGGGCCACAACCUCCCUCCCCCCGCUACCCAUUGGUUAGGGGUAUCGCACAUACCAGCUUCCGCUACCAACAACAAACUUCAUUCCCGGACUUUGCUGACCCUUUAGUUAGCACCCGGAAAGGACAAAACGGCUCACGGGCACAGACCAAACUGGGAACCAACACCACUACAUAAGCUGAUACGUGUCACUUACCUCAACUCCAUGAACCACACACAUGACAUCCAUAAUGACACAAUGUUUUUCUUUGUUACAAGACUCCUGCAUAUUUGUCUACAUAACUUCUAACAUGUUAGCCUUGUAUACCAUUGUUCAAUGUUGGAAAAAAAAAAAUGAAAAUGUGCACGUUGCGAGACAUGCCUAAGCUAUAUAUGGCAUGAAUAAUAUACGAAUGUCUUUUGUCCGUCUUAUAUCUCUCAUGCACAUCCAAAAUAAAGAUAAGAAACAAAAAUCUCCUGUGAAACUGGUGUUUGACCAUAUUUUUUGAGAUGUGAUGAAAUUAUAUUUGCAAUGUCUUUGAAAUAUUCAGCAAAAUCCAUGGCUGUAUGAGGGAGGGGUUGUCAGAUUAUUUGGUAUUCAACUUCAAAUGCUUGGAACUUACUAUUGGAAUACACUUAAAUGCAAAGAGAAAGCACAACCUAAUUUGUACUGCCUUAGAAACUACCUUUUUAAUCAAAAUUGCAGUUACGAAAAUGUUUGUUCUCAAAGAGCAUAUCUUUAUGUAUGGAAGAAUUACACAGGGACAAUCACAGAAUUCAGUUUGUUGAUUUCACUUGUCCUCCGAAGAAUGCAGCCAUGAAAACUUUAAAAAUAGAUGUAAAGUUAAUACUAUAAAUGUCCCAACGCGUUUUGUCUGCUCCGUACUGACUUCCUCAGGGAAUGCAGACCUGUAAAUAAAUUUGCUUGUACUUUGUACCAACUUGUAACAAUUUAUCUACAAUCUAUAUCUAUCUAAGAUCUAACCGUAAUGUGUGUGCCAAGUUGCAUAUAGCUGCACAGUGAGUCCUCUAUUGCCAAUCAGGGCCAGUUUCAGCAAGUGAACCAUUGAUAUGAUCUCCAUGGACUAUAUGAUGGUAAUUCUUUAUUUUUCAGAACAAAGGGGAGAGGUCGGGGUCGAACGAAGAGAAAAUUUGGCCCUGGGAGAAGACCUGGACGGCCCCCAAAAUUUAUGCGAUUUGAUAACCACAGUGACAACCGUGAAAAGUGUGGCAUAGGAACACAGGUAACCAUGAAAGUGUUUUUAAAACAGAAUUGUAACAUGUACUUCCCCUCCCCCCCUCUCUCUAAAUUUUCUACAAAUGUAUUCCACACUCCCCGCUUCCCCAUGUGAAAUGCUUGAUCUUUCGGGUACAGCAAGAGCAUACCACUGCAAAUUAGCUAAAUUCUUGCAAUAUUUUAUGCAUUUGCACACUUAAAUAUGUGGUACUGUGAAAUGAAUGCCCUGGCAAGCAUUCAUUCAUUGGGCAUUACUCUGUAGAUGCCCAGAGGAUCAUGUGGGUUGAUGUUGUCUUGAGCACGCAAUUGCAGCAGAAGUAAAAAAAAAGGGACUCCCUAAGUGUGGAGAGACUUACUCUUUUAUAGAGAAUCACCUGAGAGUGGAAGAAUAGUCAACUCAGUGCGGCUUUUUUCUGUUUAGCUGUUCCUUUUUUGACUAUUUAAAUGUACUCUCCCUUUGUUUAUGUCCUGUAUGGUAUGUAGUUCUCAGCAGUGCCCUCUCUUUCUCAAAGGACCUACUUCAUUUCCCAAAUAAGACAUCACAGUACGAGGACUCUGACCACACGACUUUGAAUGGACUGGAUCAGCCAGAACUUACACUAGGUGGAACCACUCAAUGCGAACUGGAUCCACCACCCGAAAAUCAACUGCUGCAGCCUGUGUCCCAUGAAGCCAGCACCCCAUCCAUAUCCCAUAGCGUUUUAACUGCUGAAGACAUGCGACGGGCCAAGCGCAUACGGGUAAGAUCCCUUAAUUAGCAAUCUUGUCAUAUACAGCCCGGUGUGAGUGUGUUUGUUAAAUAUUUUGUCUCGUGCAAAAUUAGUGCAUGUAGUCAUGCUUCCCUUUUUUUUUUUUUAAACGUGUGAACUGUCUUUCUUAUAGACUACAGUUGGCAGUCUACUAAUCCUCGGGUGUAGAAAUGGUCAGAAUAUUUAUUUAGAACCAGGGUUGUUCAUUCAACCAGGGAUUGUGAAUAGUUCAGUAAGUGAUGGCAAAUAUUAGACAGAAAUUGCAUAAAAGUCCCUAGUGAACAUUUCAUAAUUCCCUUUUUAGUGAGUUUCUUGGAGAAGGGCAGAAUGCCAUCUAUCAUGCUCGGUUUUUGAAGGUGCAGUGAAUAAAAUUGGCAAGGAGUAUACAGUAUAUGGGCAGUGAAUGAAUACACAUGAAUCUUUAUACCCCUGCUGGAGUAUAAAACAAAAGGGCAGGGGUCCAGUAAUGAACUGCACAGACCAGUUCAUCCUGGCAAACCUUAAGUAUUCUUAUAAGGUUUCCACCAGCCUGCAGCAGGGCAGUGCUACUGCUUGGAACAAACAUUGCUAAUGGUGAUGUCUCUCUCUCUCUCCUCCUGCUCACCAUCCAGCUGGAGCUGCAGGUAGGUGUGAUUCCAUGUAAACUAUGCUUUCAUUGGUGGGAUCAUUAACCUCAGCCUGUCAAAUAAAAGAUAACUACUUUUGGGGUAAAGGACAUUUUAUGUUCGUUGCAACCUAUUUUUAACCCAUUUGUGUUCAGAUUAUUUACAUAUUUUAGUUGUGGUGAGUAAAGGCUUAAAUGUUGGCUUGCUGUCCACAGGUUGAACUGGGGUGCAUGCGCCUCAGUGCAUAAUAAGUUGUGUGUAAUGCAAACUGUGCUAAAAGUUCUGAGGAUCUAGACAUUGGCUAACAGUGUGACUGAUCCAGUAUAUGGCCUUAGUGGCGUUCUUGUCUUCUAUGGAUAUAGGAAACCUUCUUUUAUUGAAUCAUUAUAAUAUUGAAAUUCAUUGUGCAUGUUUGACACCUGUGCCUUGAUUAGCGUUAUCUGUUACAUCACACGUGUGUCUUGCAGAACGCUGCUUUGCAGCAUCUCUUUAUUCGCAAGUCGUUCCGGCCAUUUAAAUGCUUGCAAUGUGGAAAGGCGUUCAGAGAGAAGGAAAAACUGGAUCAGCAUCUUCGGUUCCAUGGCCGUGAUGGUAAUUGUCCCCUUACCUGCGAUAUCUGCAAUAAAGGCUUUAUCAGCAGCAGCUCUCUGGAGUCACACAUGAAGUACCAUUUGGACCAGAAGACGUAUUCAUGUAUCUUCUGCCCUGAAUCUUUCGAUCGCUUGGACAUGCUGAAAGAUCAUGUUGCUGUGCAUGUUAUCGAUGGCUGCUUCAGCUGUCCAACAUGUAAGAAACGUUUCUCUGAUUUUAUACAGGUGAGAAAAUGACAAUUAUUAACUCAAGUUUUCCUUUUAUUUCAAACUGAAUGAUGUUAAUUGAAUUAGAUAUGCAAUUUACACAUGUCUGCCUGUCUCUCUGUGUAUAUAUAAAUGUAUAACUACAUGUAUCUCACAAAUGGCGAUACUUUAUUUAAAAACUAUAUAUAUAUAUUGUCUAUAUGACUUACACUGAUCAGCCACAACAUUAAAAUCACUAACAGUUGAAGUGAAUUACAUUCAUUAUAUUGUUACAAUGGUACCUGUACAUUUGGAUUUGUACAGAAUAUUUGAUAGAGUCCUAACCUCAACAUCUGAGGAAAGGGAUUUAGGAGUAACUAUUUCAGAUGACUUAAAGGUAGGCAGACUAUGUAAUAGAGCAGCAGGAAAUGCUAGCAGAAUGCUUGGUUGUAUAGGGAGAGGUAUUAGCAGUAGAAAGAGGGAAGUGCUCAUGCCAUUGUACAGAACACUGGUGAGACCUCACUUGGAGUAUUGUACGCAGUACUGGAGACCGUAUCUUCAGAAGGAUAUUGAUACUUUAGAGAGAGUUCAGAGAAGGGCUUCUAAACUGGUUCAUGGAUUGCAGGAUAAAACUUACCAGGAAAGGUUAAAGGAUCUUCACAUGUAUAGCUUAGAGGAAAGACAAGACGGGGGGAUAUGAUAGAAAUAUUUAAAUACGUAAAUGGAAUCAACACAGUAAAGGACCUAGUCUUAAAUUAGAGGGGCAAAGGUUUAAAAAUAAUAUCAGGAAGUAUUACUUUACUGAGAGGGUAGUGGACGCAUGAAGUAGCCUUCCAGCUGAAGUGGUAGAGGUUAACACAGUGAAGGAGUUUAAGCAUGCGUGGGAUAGGCAUAAGGCUAUCCUAACUAUAAGAUAAGCCCAGGGACCUAAUGAGAGUAUAUAGACAAUUGGGCAGACUAGUUGGACCAAAUGGUUCUUAUCUGCCGUCACAUUGUAUGUUUCUAUGUAACAUUGACUGGUUAGGUAGCACAGAUUUGCUUUUUGCAAUAAAGUGCCAAAAUAUCAUACUUCUGUACAAGUUCCCUAACUCUGAAAUGUCCUGUCUCAGUCUCACCAUGACUAUUAUUUUCAGUAAUUGUGUCCACACAUUUUGUGUGUAAAUUUUAGUUUAGAUUCUCUGUGGCUGGCUUGUUUACCUGCGAUGAUAUAAUUUUCCUGACUAUCAGGUUAAAAAGCAUGUGCGCAGUUUCCACUCUGAGAAGAUCUAUCAGUGCACGGAAUGCGAUAAGGCUUUCUGUCGACCGGACAAGUUGCGUCUUCACAUGCUCAGGCAUUCGGAUCGCAAGGACUUCCUCUGCUCCACAUGUGGCAAACAAUUUAAGGUGAGUCGAUUUUCUGAGAACUCGACAUUAUCACAAAUGUCAUUUAUCCAUAUAAUGUUCAAUACUUACUUUGGGAUUUUGGGGGGUUUCUGCGUCUUUGAGACGUAUGCAGAUCCAUUAUCAUGAUUUGGAGUGUAUAAUAAAUAAAUGUCAUGUUUGAGUAAAUUUAUAAAUACGCUUAUUAUUUAUUAUUUAUUAUUUAUUAUUUAUCCAAGUUUGAGAACAAUAAUAUUCUCUUGAUAUUUCCAUGUGAUAGUGAGGUGCUAUUGGUCCUUUUUAAUUUACUUUGGACCUUUGUCAAUGAUCACAACACAAUUAAUUUUGUAUAUUCGCUAAUUUAUACCCUUCUGAAAUGCAUUAUCCAAGGAUAUUAAAAUGCUAUAAUUGUGUUUUGUUAUUGGUUGCAAGAUUGUAUUGGUCUGCGGAGAUGUAUAACGUGUGUAUGUGCGUUGUUUAGUGCUUUCUAUGACUCCAUAAAACAUGUAUGUAUUUAGGAAUUUUGUUGUUGUAAUUUUAUGAAUCCAGGGAUAAUGCCUGGUUGGGCGUUUGGUAUUAAAAUUGAAUAGUUUAGAUUUGUCCCAAUCAGACAUCCUAAAGAAUUUUCUUCUUCGCUAGCUUUGAGCAGUUGUUCAAAAUAGCAGUGAGGGCGUCUCAUAAGGAAGAUUAGUUUUUAUGUUUCUCUAACGGACAAUUGAACACUGUUGGCAAUAAAUGUAUUUUAAUAUUGGAGUUUGUUAUCAACAAGGACUCAAGCUGAAUAAUGUUUCCCCCAGAUUUUUAUGAAUACAUUUGCCAUUUUUUUAUCAGAGGAAGGACAAGUUGCGAGAACACAUGCAACGCAUGCACAAUCCAGAGAGAGAAGCCAAGAAAGCUGAUCGCACGGGACGCACAAAGACUUUCAAACCACGUCUAGCCUCCACGGACUAUGAAAGCUUCAUGUUUAAGUGCCGUGUGUGUAUGAUGGGCUUUAGGAGACGCGGCAUGCUGGUAAUAACAAUGGAGUUACGGUGUAUAGGGCGCUGCAUGCUCUGGGUUUCCGCAGUUACCUUUUCUCUAAUACAUCCUCUCCUCUAGGUUAAUCAUUUGUCAAAGAGACACCCGGAAAUGAAGAUUGAGGAGGUUCCUGAGCUGACCUUGCCCAUUAUCAAACCCAACCGUGACUAUUACUGCCAAUACUGUGAAAAGGUGUGUAAUGGUGCACAAACCAGGAUUUGUUUCCAGAAGGUGACACAAUACCAUCUGUCAAUAAUUACCAGCAUCCUUGUGUUACAUUCUGGGCAAUGAUGCAUCAAGUCAAUACUCAAAUGAUUUUUCUAUAUUGCACAUCAGUUGGUGCUCUGCUUCUGUGCACACUGGCCUCUUAGGAUGUGUGUUAUUUUUUUUAUUUUUUUAUAUUAAAUCACAAUCUUAUUUCUCUUCCAAUUAUAUUCUUUUUAACUUUUGUGUUCAAGACAGAACACACAUUAGUAGCUGCUUUUGUAAAUUAGGGAAAUGUUUGUGCCCGCUCAUAGCUGAUCGGUUACACCAUGAGAGUGUUAUUGGUUUUGGGAGAUAAUUUGUGCAAUUACAAGGAAAAAAAGGAGCUAGGGGUAGCAACACAAUUUUGAUAUGUACAGUGAUAUAUGCAGUAUGAGUCCAAAAUGGUAAAACAAGUCCAAGAGAUAAUGUAGAUAUGCACUUAUCAGAAGUAUUUAUAUAACAAGUGUCUGGGUAAUUCCUCAAUGGGCGUAGCAGGGUGGGUUCAGCAGUGGAGUCCGUAUGAAACAACAGAAAGGAAUAAUAAAGUAGUAUGUUCUUACAGGGGAAAAUAAAAGGAAAACUAUAUAGUCCUACUUACGUUUUAUGGAGCUGGAACUAGCUCCAGUAUGAAUGGCAUACAGUGGUACAAUCCCCACUUGCAAGGAUACGUGAGAAUCAAGUCUUUGUAGUAGGUGGACCAUAAAAAGAAAAAACAAUAAUGCUCAAUGAAUAAAAUGCCAGGAGUAAGGAUAUAUGGAAAUGUACUCACAUAUGCCAGAGCAGACAGACUGCUCUAUGGAUCAGGCGUGGGUGGUAUAAUCCCUACCAAGGAUGUCUUUGGAGUAGUACUCACUGGAGAUAAAAAUCAGGUGCCAGGCAGUAUGAGGUAAAAUAAAAUCCAAAUAAACUAGUGAUAAUAAAAAUGUAGAAAAAUUAGUAAAAUGGCACACUCUAGUAAAGUAUAAAAUAAGCCAAUGUACCUUUAUUCAUACAAUAAUACAACACAAGUUAAAACAACAUAAAUAGUAACCACAACGAGUUUCGCCUCUAGGGCUUCUUCAAGUGGAGAUAAAAAGGAAUCAUUUGACAUAUGAGGGUUUAAAUAGGGGAAUGAGGGAUUGUCAAUGCUGGCAGGGGGAGGAGCUAAAACAUUUUUUAUUUUUUUAUUUAAACAUACAAAAUAGUUCUGGGUAGAUAUACCAUAUAUACUCGAGUAUAAGCCGAGUUUUUCGGCACAUUUUUUGUGUUGAAAAAGCCCCCCUCGGCUUAUACUCGAGUCACUGUCAUUGCCAUAAUACAGACCAGGACCGCCAGGCUCAUUAUAAACCCGGCGGUCCUGUUGGGGGCCGGAGCAAGCUGCUACUUACCUUUUGUAGCAGCUCCGUUCAGCUCCCCCGUUCAGCUCACAGUGUAAGUCUCGCGAGACCUGCGGCCGUCAGAGCAUUGCCACGCUCUGACGGCCGCAGGUCUCGCGAGACUUACACUGUGAGCUGAAUGGGGGAGCUAAACGGAGCUGCUACAAAGGUAAGGAACAGCUUGCUCCUGGCCCCCCCCCCCUGCACAGCCCAUGCCACUGUACCAUCAGGGAAUGAGAGAGCCCACCUCCCUGGUCAGGUAACAAGCAGGGGGGGACAAAAAAAUAAAAUGAAACGAAUAAUAAAAUAAUAUUAAAAUAAUAAUAAAAUAUUAAAAAAAUAUAUAUUAAAAUAAUAAAAAUGCUCUCCCCCACCCAGUUUACACACACACUACACACACACACACACACACACACACUCUCUGCAUUGACACAAACACACACUCUGCAUUAUAUACACAGUAUACACAGAGUGUGUGUUUGUAUGUGUGUGUGAGUGUGUGUAAAUAAUGCACACACUCAUACAAACACACACUGCAUUCAUUAUAUACACACACUGUAAAUAAAUAUUAAAUUAAUGUAAUUUUAUUGGGAUCUAAUUUUAUUUAGAAUUUUACCAGUAACUACUGCAUUUCCCACCCUAAGCUUAUACUAGAGUCAAUAAGUUUUCCCAGUUUUUGGGGGUAAAAUUAGGGGUCUCAACUUAUAUUCGGGUCGACUUAUACUCGAGUAUUUACUAAAUAAUGAAUAAUUUUUAAACCGGCAAAUAGCCUUAGGUAGAGACCUUACCAUGGGCUGGAUAAUAAAAAUAAUAUUAUGGAAUAGGGAAAGUGGAGGGGAUUAGAAAAUAUAGCAAUAUAGGUAAAACAUCUUUAGAGUCCAGAACUGACGUUCUAAUAUAUGUAUAACUGUAUAAAAUGGUAUAUUUGUCUUUUACAUUGUAUUAGUAUAUAAACAUAAAAUAAAUUUUUUAGACAUGGUAUACUAGGCUAAACGUGAAUAAUUUUAAGAUCAAAAAUAAAAUAUAGAUAAAUACAAUGAAAAUAAAUACAUAUGUACAUAAAUACAGAUCGUAAAAAUGAAUAAAAAUAAAUAUAGAAAUGGGAAUUCUCUCCAUAAAAUAUUUGAAAAAGUAUAUUUUAUAAAAAAAAAUUAGGAAAUUUAAAAAGGUCAAAGUCUACAUUUAAUCCAUUUGGGGCAAGGGUUUUUAAGAGAUAGACCCAAUACAUUUCUUUUUGACAUCGCCACCUCUCCAGGAAACUUUACAUUUCUGGAUGUAUAGUGUUUUUAUCAUGGAUUAGAAAGUGUUUUGAUACUGAAUGAUUUGGGUAUCCUCUGAUUAUAUUUGGACAGUGUUGAGCUAGUCUGGUUACAAGUAAUAUUCUCUUGGCUUCCAUGGUGAUUGUUCCUCAUUUAUAAGUUUGUCUCAGGAUGGCUCAUUUUACAGACCCCUGGAUGUCUCCUGGUAGCCAGUCAGUCUCAGCAGAAUACAUUGUUCCUGUUUUUUCCUUAAUGCAAUAAAUGGUUUUGGAUUUAACAGGUUUACAAGAGUGCUAGCAAGCGCAAAGCACAUAUCCUGAAAAACCACCCUGGAGCAGAACUCCCUCCGAGCAUCCGUAAGCUCCGACCUGCAGGUCCUGGAGAGCCUGAUCCUAUGCUCAGCACCCACACUCAGCUAACAGGAACUAUAGCUACCCCGCCGGUGUGCUGUCUCCACUGCUCCAAGCAAUACAGCAGCAAGGUACAAUGGAUUCCCCUUCCUGGCUCUGGUGCAUAGGGGUUAAUCCGGUCAGGCACGGCUGCAGUGCUGUUGAUAUUCUGUAAAUGUUGUAUUAAUCCAAGUGUACUUGAUGUAAACCAUUGGAAUGCAUUUGCUGGUAUCAGGAGUUCCAAUAAGCUGAAUACUCCAUGUAUUAUAGAGCACAUAAUAUUGUAUUGUAUUGUAUUGUUGCUUGUAACGCCCAGUAUCUUUGGGUCCUUUCAUCAUGUUACCCAGCAAAAACAGUGCUCUAUCAGUUUGUGCACAGCAUCAGAAGAGAAACUGAAUAGGUCUAAUAAACGGAAGAAACUACGUAGGUUGUGCUGUGUAAAAAAAAAAAUGCCAAGAGCAAAGUUUUCCUUUUUUUUAUUUUUUUAUUUUUUUUUACAUUGAGAAAGCAGCUAGAACCAGCUGUAAAAGUAUUGUUCAUUUUAAGUCUUCCAAUCACAGAUAGUAUGUUUCCUAUAUUCACAUUAAAGGUAAUUAAAUAGCUUUCUUUAAACAGUUGAAUGGUAAUACAUUCCAAAAUGUUUACUUAUAGCUCUAAAUUCUGAAUAUAUUCUAGACAGUAUUGUAAAAAGAAAACUAAACUGAUACUGAACUGGAAAAAGCUUGAUAUUUACAACAUAAUCUAUUACACUAUUUUAGGAAUAGAAGGAAAAAUAUAAAAUAGUCAGCUAAACAUAAAAGGAAACUGUAGGGGGUGGAGAAGGACCUUCAGGCAUUGUAUAGAUUAAAAAAGAAGCUGGAGGAACCAUGGACAGCAAUAACUGAUAUUGAAGUUAAGAUUUGUGUUUUUGAUCAAUGAGAGUUAGAAGUCUGAAGAAUCAUAGUGCAUCCAUAAAGCUUUAAAUCGGGUGAACAGAAACUAAAUGUGUACCUGUUCUUUUUUUGUUUUGUUUCUUUUCCCUUCCCUAAUAAUGAUUGUCAUUAGACAAAGAUGGUCCAACACAUAAGGAAAAAACAUCCGCAAUAUUCUAUGCUGCCAGUAACAUCACAGCCAUCUGUAAUCAGUACAGCCCCAGCUGUUCUUACCGCUGAUGGCACCAACGGAGAAACGGUGAUGGUGAGUAGCAACGCUAGUGAUCAUUCUUGCAGUGGUUGGCUUUCCUGAUGUCCAGUAAUUGUUUUUAUGUAUGUAUAUGUAAAUGUGUGUGUAUAUAUGUUUUACAUGUCAGCAACCUAAAUCAUUCUAUUUUUUUGUUUCUUUAUAGCUGUAAUAUAGUACACUGGUAGUACUGCUAUAAAGAGUAUUAAAAUGCUAGCGUUAAGUGAGCCUGAAAUCACUCCCAUAUACACAAAUUGCCGUUUUGUCGGCGGAGGAGGAGCACGAUCCAGCACCGAGUGAUAUCGGUGCUGAAAUCGAAUGAGUGAAAAAAAUUAAAUUCUAUUAACUCUUUAUUUGCCAUUGAGGGGCACUGCUUUUAGAGUGACACUAGUGUUAGGAACACAGGUUUAUAUUCCUAACACUAUCGUGCUACCAUUAAUUGCUAAAAUAUAUUGUGUUAUUUUGUAACUCAUAAAAUGUGUAGCAAAAUCAUAUCUAUUUAUUUAUUAACCUCGUAAUUCAGGAAAAAAUGAUCUAUAUAUAAAGGUAGUCUGUACCUAUUAACUCCUAAUUCUCUCCUGGUCCUGUAGACGACUGAUUUGCUGACACAAGCGAUGACAGAGUUAUCACAAACACUGACAACAGAAUACCGUACAGUGCAGAGUGACUAUCAACGCAUACAGUACAUCCCAAUUUCUCAGGCCACGGCUGGGAUGCAGCAACCACAGCACAUCCAGCUCCAGGUGGUGCAAGUAGCGCAGGUAAGAGCAUGUUCUGUAACGUGGGUGAUUGUUUCUAAAGUGACCCUACAUUUUCAAGAAUAGCAGAUCUUCCGAACGCUUUGUUGCCUGUAACAAAAAUUCUAAAUAUCCCUCUCUUUUCAGGCACCCUCCCCUCACCAGUCCCAGCAUUCAACGGUGGACAUUGGGCAGCUUCACGAGACGCAGGGCUAUACCCAGCAUGCCAUUCAGGUACAACAUAUCCAGGUGGCUGAACAAGCGUCCAGUACCCAGGCACCUUCUCAGGUAAACUGGUGUUUACUCCAUCAUCUUGAGAGGGCAAAUAUACGCUGCAAUACAGUUUUUAAGAAUGUACAGCUUGAAAGGCCUCACUCAUGCUUGAUUUGCAGUUGGGAUGUUUUGGUUGUGUGAUGCUAAGGAAUAAUGCUACCACAUUAAGUGCUGAAACUCCUUACAUAACGUAGCAUGUGACUAUGCACCCAUUGUUGAAGCUGAUGGAAAGUUUCUUAUUGUGACUGCAGGUAGCAGGACGUCCUCUAAGUCCCACGUCACAGGAAGCAGAGCAAGGUGUCAGCCCAUCCCAAAUGCAGACUCAAGCCUCUCAAACACAGACAAACAACACUGUGCAGCACACCUACUUGCCAAGCGGCUGGAACCCAUACUGUAAGUCUUUGGUUGUAUGGUUUUAAAUACACAUCGCUGGAAUAAAAAAAAGUGUAUAAAUAAUUCUUUAAAAUAGUGAAUACCUUGACAUAGCCAGUGGGAGCAAAAUUUAUUGCCAGCUUUACCCAACAGCUUCUCUCAUGUUUGCUUGGUGGGAUCUGUGUUUCAGGUAUGUGCAGAAAUACAAUUAAGCUAUUCUUGGAGAAGGCUGAUGUCACUAGCUUUUAUUUUGUACUAGGCACUUAUUCUCAGAAUAGCUGUAAUGGUAACUGUGGUGCUUUUACACUGGGUGUAUUUAGAACAUUGAAGCACUAUAAAUUGUGGAGAUUUUGCAGUUUGUAUUGAUUUACAUUGUGUAAGGUUAUUCAUGUUAACCUUGUGCUUAUAGUGGAUGUGACACCAAACUACAUUGAAGAGCACAGUUUCGUCCAAGUAAGCAAUAGAGAUGCUAAACAAUGCGUAAUUUUAUUUGUAUUCUUUCCAGUCCAUGGCCAAAAGUAAGUACCUACAGUGCAUUAAUAACAUUCUGUUAUUGCAUGCAUUGCAAUAGACAUUGUGAUGAAUUUUCACAGUAAAAAACGGUUUACCUGCCAGAUGCAAUUACCUCUAUUUACAAUAAAAUACUAAAGUCUCUAUUAUUGACAAAUUAUGGUCUGCUGAUGAAUUAGCUUCCUCAUCUCGCCUUUUCUGAUUUUACAGCCUCUGAGAUUCAAAUGAUGUUACCCCAAGGGCAAUAUGUGAUUGCAGAGGCCGCAGUGGGCACACCAGUUACUCCUAUUACCAGUAGUCAGGUGAAAGCAGUUACUCAGGUAAGGACUGUACUGAAUGGAAGAGAAGACUGAUUAUUAGAAUUGUUUUUUGUGAGUGUUUCCCUGUGUAAACCAUCGGCGAGACUGCUUGGAAGAUGAAGAUAUGAGUGCUGUAAUCGAACCAGUCUGAGCAAAAAAAUGAAAUUUGACCCUAACCUACUGUGAGUGUCCCUCAUAGAUCUGUAUUCAGCAUGAAUGGUGGGCCUCUCUCCGCUCAGAAUCCAUAAACACAACAGAGUCUGUUCUUUGUUUAUAAAUUGCUAUAAUAGGAAGAAAACAUACCUGCAUACAAACAUAUAUAUUAAUUGUCAUGUACAUUUCCAUGUGUGAGUAAUUACCUGCUUGAGUGUUGGAUACAUAUGAAAGUGUUGUUGAGACGAUUAAAGUAGCAAUCAGUAGGUUUAUUCUCAGAACCAUAUGUAAAUGGUUUUUACAAUACAAUCGGUUAAUAUAAUAGAAGAUAUCAGAAUCGAGAGCAUUUUUCAGACCAUAUUAUAUAAUUUGUGUCUGCUUUAAGUCUCUUAUCCAUGUUUCUAUUUCUGCUUAAUGAUUGUAAUUUUUCUAGUGCAAUAUUAUACUGUUUGCUAUCUCCCUUCAGACACACUAUGUGAUCUCUGACGGGCAGAAUGACCUAGAAAUGAAGAAGAAUGCUGUUUUAACAGAAGAUGUUCCAACAAACGCAGAUCAAAUCGAGCAGCAUUUGGCCAAUCCAUCUCAGACAACACAGUACAUUAUCACCACGACCACCAACAUGAACGGUAGCAGCGAGGUGCAUAUUAGCAAGCCCUGAGAGAGGCCAACGGUGGCUGAGAAACACUGUAUAGACUGCAAGCACCUCUGUUCAUAGAGGAAUCCUGAGUGGGAAAAGAUUGUGGCCACUCCGGACCAACCUACUGGGAUCCCAUACAGAAUCUUACUAAAAAAUAUCCGAAUGGCAAGGCAACAGGCAGUACCAAGUGAUCACAGGAACUAGCUCAAAACUGUUAGAACCAUCUUACAAUAAAAAGCGUUUUCUCCUGGUUCCAUGAUGCAUGGGAUUGUCAUUGAAAAUGUCACCAUCUUGGCAUAAGGGCACGUUUCAGAAGGUACCCAAGUGUUAAGAGCUUCUAAAGUUGGUGCAAAGCAUGGUGGCACCUUGCUAAUUAAUACCUUUUAUUUAAUACCCCUAUAAUCUGCCAUCCUACAUACUGCAGAAAGAUAAUUUAUCACCUCUAUUUCUACUACUGUUAACGACACUAGGUAGAAGAUAGAUUUAAGUGUCUGCAUUCCAUUAAUGUUUUUUUAAAUUGAAGUCAUCCAUGACAUCUGAUCAGAUUUUCCAAGAUUAAAUGUGUAGCUGAGUCACAGGGAAUAUGUGAAUAUUUUUAUUUGUGUUUGUGCAGCACACAAGGCAUGCCCAAGAGACAAGGACAUUUUGACAACUGAUUGUUAGAUUCUUGGUGUAUAGAUGAACUUGUGUAUUAUUUUCAAAAGUAGAUUUUAAACUUGUAAUGUAUUUGCUCAUAAAUGAUUUACAGCGAGCCAUGUUUACACCCGACAGAGGUUUCAAUUAGUCACCACUUACAUUCUAAAUAAUAUUGGUUAUCAGGAGUGCCUGAGUGAGUGAAAAAAAAGCUAGAUGGUAAAGUCAGACCUAUUCUUUGUAACACCCAUUUUAAAGCAUUGCAUAAAAUCCUACAAAAUCUGACACAACUGGCUCAACCAAAUUAGAGUAUUCUACCGUUUCACUGUGCACUGACUACUACUUUUCAGUCUAGUUCUAAUAUUCAGUGUGAGUGCGCCACAGGCAGUGUACUGCACUGCGGGUGAGAUGCCAUUAUUGCGAUUUAACAAACCUAUUCAUUUUUGUUCUAUAUAUAGAUAUAUUUUGAUGAGCAAGCAGCCAGAGGCAGUGACAUGAGGACUGUCACCCCUUACUUUAUUGUGAAAAUGAUUUUUAUUGUUAUUCCUGUACAAUCAAACAUUUUUUCAUUCCUGACUUUUUUACUAGAACAUUUUAUGCCCACAGUCAAAUCCCAGUUCAUUGGUUAAUAUAAGGAACAUUAAAGCAUGUUGUGAGGCUACAAUAACUAGGAGCCACCCAUGUGUGGGGGGAGAAAAUUGCAAAAGGGUGAUGGAAUCCUUUUCUCUGACAUUUAAAAAACAUUCUUUCAAUUAUGUGGAUGUGAGAGUAGGGCUGGUUUUGAAAGCAAGGUGCAGAUUACAGAAUAUUUGCCUCCUUUAAAAAAAUAAAAUAAAAAAAAAACAUGCCCAAAAACGUUAAAGUUUAAAUGAUAAAACCACAUUUAUCUGUUAUUGUUGCUGUUUUUUUUUGUUUUGUUUUUUUAUUCUGGCAGUUAACUAUAUCAAUUUUAACUUAUUCCAGAUCCUGCAGUCAAGAUCUGACAUUAAUUGUGGAUUUUCUGUGACUGUGUGACUGUGUUUCUGUGGUGGGGGGAGGGGAUGGGGGUUAUAUUAUUAUUUUGAUAGAUUUUUUUAUUUUUUUUAUUUUUUUUUUAUUUUUAUUUUUUUAAAUGUGGUACACCUUAAACCUGAUUAUUACUGCAGUAACUUGCAUUACAGAAUCCUAUUCAGGCACCAUUUUAAUAAAUUUGCUUAGUAAUUGUAUUUGCAGACUUAUUGAAUGUUUGUGUAACCCUUAGUGUGACACAUUGUUGUAAUGGCUCUUUCCAGCUCAGUUUUAGGUUUACCAGUUUCUCUAUAUUUUCCUGACCUAGGCACAUAAAAAAACGCAUUUAUGCUCCCAAGAAAUAAAUGGUAAUUCCUUAGCAUACUUAAACUGCAGGUAAACCAAAAACAAUUAUCGAAUCAAUGCAGCUCAUUGAUUAAUUUGGCACUCUGAGCUAGAAUUGGCCAAUUUUUAUUUAUUAGAAAUGUAAAAAAACAACCAAGUGGAGUGAUUAGAAUUCUAUGAACUCUGGGCUUAGUAUCUCCGUUCUGCUCCUAGCGUUUCUGGGAAUUUUAGUUCAGUUAACUACUAGCUAAACUAAGUAGUACACAAACAAAAAUUCACUAUAUGCUCUAAAACACAAAUACACCCUUUAAGGAAAAAAGUGUUCCCUUUAAGACACUCAGAAUGAAGUAGAAACAGAUAAAAGGGCUAAAACAUGUAUUCUAAAACCACCAAAUAAAGUGAUGAAUAAAAGUUAUGUACAACCUGAUAAAUGAUCACAAAAUUUUCUGCAAAUAAAUAUAUAUGGCGCAGUAUGUUCAAUAUAAAUAUCAGGUGGUAGAGAAAACACUAGAUAGGUGUAGAAUCAAGCAUUGUACAUAACCUUUAUUAUUUACUUUAUUUGGUUGUUUUGUAAUAUAUGUUUUAGCCCUUUUUGGUCAUUUUUUUGUCAUUUUUUUCUGUUUCUACUAGCUAAACUAAAACUCCCAAAAAGCUUUGCUGUCCUUCCAGAUACCAUGCUCACUUGUGUUAUUAUAUAUUGCAGGUUAGGAGACGAGAGGGGUGUAAACUAAGCUGGGUGCAAAUACAGAAACCUUCAAGUGGGAAGUAUUUUAGAACGGGGAUGUUUAACAUGGGCAGGGUCGGGUUAACAUGCAGAAUUCUGCAUAACACCCCGCACCCCUCCAAAAACAAACAACAAAACAGGAUAUAAAAUGGAGUAUCCAUAAAAAUACACGUAAUAUUUUGGGCCAAAAACUAUAAAAUACAUAAGUUAUGUUGAUGCAUUUAGUAUCCCUUUUCAUAUUUUGUACACUUCACAUCCUGUUUUUAAGAAGAUCUACCCUUUUCAAAGAGGGUAUGUGUUUUAUUCUGGAACACUUUCUCUUUGCUAAUUUCACAGGGCCAGCGUCCUGUCUAGUACCCCCUUAAUCUUGCUACUCACAGGGCUGCUAAUUCUGGGGUGAGAUAGCAUGUGGCUCCAGUGAUAUUAAUAUUCGACAGGUUCUGCACAAUCACAUCUAUUCUGAGAUUGUGAUACACAGAAAUUCAAAGAAUAAAAGACAUAUAAAAGCAUUCUUCCAUAUUGUUUGUCCUCUUACUGCUCACAGCAAGCAAUAAGAGCUCUCUCUAAACUCCUUUAAUAGUAUCUCAUUGAGAAGAGUUGCUGCUUCCUCAAUGGUAUUUAAAUAGUUUAUUAAGAAAAAUAAUUUGUUAGAUCAUACUGUUUUCACUUUUAUCUUCAAAAUGUCACUUCCUAAUUUAAGCAAUAGAUAUUUUACACAUGGCAGCAUUUGCCAUGUUAAGUUUUCUGGUCUUCACAUCCCACUGUAAAGAGCAUUAUGGGAUAUGUAGUCUAUAGCAUCAGAAUUGGAGAGAUUGAUCUAAAUUAAGAAAGGUUAUCAGAUGUUUCCUUUAACUGGGAAAUAUGGAAAAUAUAUCAAUAUAACAGGGCUGUUGUUAGAUAUCUGUCCUGAAUGAUGUGCAUUUUAGAAGUUCCCUUAAAGGGGAGAUUUGGAUCACUUAAUGCUAGGUGAAAGAACACGCACUAAUUUGGCCAAUCUUAGACAUGAACACUCGCUGAUUCUGUGCUGGAUUUCAUUUAUAUUAGUUGUCGUUUGAGCAAGUGGCUGCUUUAAUUCGAGUUUUAUCUUCCAGUUUAAUAUUCCGAUUUAUUUAUAGAUUUAUAGAUAUUUUUUUCAAGGAGAUCAGCAUGUCUGUAUAAAUACACAUGUUGUGAAAAGCAUUCCUUAAGAGUCUGGGCAGUUACAUAAAUAAUUAAAUGAUGAAACAUAGUUUAUUCAGAACAACUCUGGGUUAGAAUUCUGAAAACUGAGCAAUCCCCCCAACAUUUCUGAUUGCUCGUAUGUAGUACAAGAAUACCCCAGAAUUAUGUUUAAAAAUAUAUCUAUAUAUAUCUUUCCCAUAUUGGGCUGUACCUUGCACCAAAUCACAGCUUAUCUGCAACAAAAAAAAGACUUGCAGGCCUGAACAGUUAAGUGUGGUGAGCCACAGUAAAGAUCUUUAACAAACGUGUUGAACGUGACAGAGUUGGGGUAAAUUGGCUAAAUUAUAGGCAAUUGCAGCCAUCACAGACUGAUAAAACUUGAUAUGUAUUCAUUCAAUUUCAGAAGGUUUAAGGAUUUAGCAUGUAAACGGGUGACAUCGUUUACCCUGAUUAUGGCCUUUUAAAACCCGACUCUAUAGCUGUCCCAGAAGACUGAAAUUGCCCAUUUGAGAUAAAGGAAAUAUACCAUACUGAGAACCUAUUUUGCACUAAUUUAUUCUAUUCCAACAGGUUCUAGACUGGUUAUGAGUUUAUCUUCGCAUUAAAUGGGUUCCUGACCGCAAGCAGCGCUGCUACCUGUUUACAUAAGAUCAUUGUAUAUUAUGAUAGCAAUGGUUACGGCUAACUGCGCCGUUCUCCUGAGAGGACACAGUUGGGAGUUAGUGUAAAUUGUAAUAUGAAACUCAAUGAGCUCUUCUGUGUACCUGCAGGCCCGUGUUAUUAUUUAACAAUGUAUGUUCCUAUCUGUGAUUAUUCUGGUGGUGUGCUUCAUGGAAAGUAUCAGAAGAAAUUGAUUAAAAAUUUCCUUGCUCUUUUUUAAAA